CCUGCUGGCUGACCUCAGCUCCAUGCUGUAGCCCUGUCUGGAAUGUAAGGGAGAAAGGGGAGGAGGGGCUGCUCCACCCACAUUGGGCUUUUCCACAGACAAGAGGAAAGAACAGGGGAUGAAAAGGGCCUCUCACACAAGCUUGUAAACUGCUGCCCGUGAGCUGCAGGCAAAGAAAGAAAGAAAGAAAGAAAAAAAAAUUAAAGAAAUCCCUGAAAGGAAGGAAAUGGAAGGAUCAUGGCAUCAGGGAAGGUGAUUCACCAUCCUGUAACUGUACACCCUGCUGCACCUCAGGUCACCGUAUCAGAAGCCAUACAACACCCCAGGCACUGCCGGAUUUAAAGGCUAAAUGGAGAGAGUUUCUGCAGAGCCCAGCACAUUGUUGUCUACCUUUGCUAAGGAAAGGACACAGGCUCUGGAUGAGCAAUUGCACCAAGAGGCAGGACGAAUAUAAACUGAGAAUGGACCCCCCUGCUGAGACCAGGCACAUGCAGUCAUACUAGGGGAAGAAGCAGAGCAGGGGUCAUGCUUUAAGCAUUUUUAUUUUAUUUUUGGUGGAUCUCUGAAGUGUGUGUUCCAGGCAGGAGGUUCCCUUGGAGGAUCUCGCUCUGAUCCAGCUCUGCUCCCAUUGCACAUGACGGAGAAGGCUUUGGCAGGAGGGUGCCCUCUGUUCUGGCUAUCACAUUGCAUUGCUGCUGCCAUCAGAUACUCAUAUAACCUCUGGAGGUUCGGCUGAAACUGGGUGUUAUUUAUUGAUUUAUUUUUUUGUAACAAAAAAAAAUAAAUACUUUUUUUUUUUUUUGGUGAUUGCACGUGCCAAAUGCGCAGCUGCGGCAGCAAAGGAGAAGUGGUCGCAACGUACUGAAUGAGUGGCAGAGGCGCUCCUUGCCGGUGAGAUGAUGGAUGGUGAAGGUGGUGGCGAUGCUGCUGUAGCCGUUGCUGAUAUGACCAAACUGGAAACAGGUCCUGAUGGUGACAGGAGACUAGAUGAUGUGCAGUUAGAAGGGGAGACAGAAAUUAUGGUGGAGCAGAUGCAACUCUCACCAUCUCAGGCGACCUCGGACGAGGCAGCAGCCACCCCAGACCUUCUGACCAAACAGCAUGGGGUGAAGAGACAUCAUCACAAACACAACCUGAAGCACAGGUAUGAGCUGCAGGAGACACUGGGAAAAGGCACCUAUGGAAAAGUGAAGAGGGCUAUUGAGAGAUUUUCUGGCAGAGUGGUGAGUAUGUUAUACUCUCUGGAAUUUGACUAUUUAAAAGGAAGCUUUUAGAAUCCUAAAAUAUUAAAAUAUUAUUGCUAUCUUGCAACCUCUUUAAGGAAUUAACACAGAAUUCUAUGGGGUUAGUUUCUUUUUUUGGUAAAACAGGUGUCAUCCUGGGGCAACGUUCUAACGCUCACAUACAUUCUACUGGUUUCCAUGGUAACUGCUCCACGUUUAACAUUCAUUCUACUGGUUUCCAUGGUAACUGCUCCACGUUUAACACUUUGCCCCAGAGUUGUGCAUUGUCAAAAAUUCCCCCCAUAUUUCUUAAAUAUCUCUAAAAAAUACAUUUUGAUGGUAGAAUUACUCUUUCUUCUGCUUGUUAAAGUCUGAAGAAAUGUAUCAAUUUCUGUUAUAAACAUGCAGUGAAAAACUCAUAUAAUUCUUUUAUUUCCAAUCUCUAUGUGAGGUCUUGCAACAGCCUCUCUGACCUUUGGAUUCAAAUAUGCCCAAGGCUCCAGACAGAUCAGCGGGUAGCAGUUUAUAGCUUGUACUGCUAUGAUCCAGCAUAGAUGCAUAACAGUUACACUCCAGAGGGUGUCAGGUGAAUGCAUCUUGUCCCAGACAGAUAUUUUUUAUUGACAUAUUAGAAAUGACUCUGACACAUGGGCCUGCUGUGGGCUUUCUCGAGAUAAUCUUUCAAAUAUGUUUGACUACAUCACAAAUAAACUCAUUCCACGCGUGUCUUCUUCCACAGAUAAAAUGCCUUUGAAAUGACAUCUAUUUUAGAUUAAGUAAUUUAACUAAUCUAACUUUGUGAACGCUACGCAUAAAUAUAUACGCAGGCUUGUAUAAAAUUUCCAGUUCCAUCCGUACUGUUAUUCUCUCAAAUAAUUGACGCCUCUAUAUCCUUUGCCUUUUUGAGAAUCCUGUUAUUAUUUUACUUUUUAGAGAUCUGUAUCUUUGCUACUAGGUUCAUUGUUUGCUACCCUUAUCCUAAAUUCUAAUUUUAAGAUGAGACCAGAUGCUGGAUGCUGCACAUUGUGUAAAUUCUGUUUUUGGCAUUUGAAAGCAAUGACGGAGUCUGAUAGGAUCUAAUGUUGUCAUAGCAACAAUACCCCAUGCUUCCAUAGUUAUUGGAAGUCAGUGUAAUUCUGUAUCCUUCAGGCAUUUGAUUAAUGAUAACAUGUUAUUUGAGUCAAGUUGAAAAGAAUGUCACCACUGAGAUUUUUUUUUUUUGCAGCAAACCAAAUGAAGCAUUUGUGUUCCUGUGCAUUAAAUUAGGACUAACAACAAUUAAAGGAUCACUAUAACGUUAGGAAUGCAAACCUGUAUUCCUAACACUAUAGUGCCCUGUCCCUUGUUAAAUAUCGGCUGCUCCCCCUUUUGCAAUAAAAAUUAAUAGUUUUACUCACCAUUUUCUGUGUGCUGAGGUUCCCUUGGCGCUGCUGACCUCUCUGCCACCCGCAACAUUACUGAGUUUCCCCUUCUGUGAUGGUCCAAUCCAGCAGUUUAUAAAAAAAAAAAAAAACUCUGAUGUUUUCCAUUGCAGGGUUAACAGGACAGGUUCUCCUGCACCAGGACAACGUCAUUGAGUGGUCUGGGUGACUUUAGUUUCCCUUUAACUGUUUUUGAUUGCUGUACAUGGCUACAUAUAUAAUUUACAUUUACAUUUAUAUAUUUUUUCUCAUUCUCUGUAGGUUUAUUGGUAGAUAGCCACAAUAGUGUGAAAAACAAAGCCCACCAACUUCCAAACUGAAGAGUAGUCUGAUUGGCUGGCAUAAUGCAGUGCUCCAGUGUUAAGUAGACAAUAUAGGUAGGGUACCAUAUCCUCCGUGUUUUCGGGGACACAUAUAAUUUUGUCAUCUUUACGAAAAUGCAUGAAAAGGGCUGCCUUGCAGUAUGUAUAAUGCAUGUUCUACAGGAUUCUUCAUUGCCUAAUUACUUACUCAUAUACAUCUUCUUGUGAAUUCUACUUACUGCUGGGCAACUCUUUUCAUGUGUGUCCCUCAAUAUGAUAUGUGUCCCUGAAAACAAGGUGAAUCAGGUAACCCUAACUAUAGGCAGUAUAACUAUUUCAUAUCAUUGAAUUGUUUAUCGUGCCUGGAAUUCCUUUGCAUGGAUCCACUUUUGAGCAGUAUCCCUGGUUGCCCAGUGGAAAUAUGGUUAUGGCAAAAAUGAGUCAUAACAAUUUUUAAAGGGACACUUUAGACACCCAGACCACUUCAUCUCAUUGAAGUGGUCUGGGUUCACAGCCCCUGUUCCCUUAACACUGUAAUCUAAAACAUUGCAGUUUCAGACAUCCUAAAUAUUGCAGGUUUAAGACAUCCUUUAGGGGCUGUCUACCAGACAGCCACUAGAGGCGCUUAAGAUAUUUAUACAGAGUUUAACUCCGUGAAAGAACUCUGGACAUCCUCAAGCUGUGCAUGAGGAUGUCCGGCAUCUUGAAAAACCACAUAGGAAAGCAUUUGAUUCUAUGCUUUCCCAUUGGGCAGGCCUAAGGCGUGCAUAGCUCUCGCCAUGCAUGUGCAUUAGUUCCCCCCCGGAACUUACGUCGGAGUAGGUGGAGACAAAAACAACGCAGAGGGACUUGGUAGCUGGAAUCGGGUAAUGGUUUAAACAUUUAAUUGUAGUGGGGGAGGGGGACUGCGAUGGGGGAUGCAGAGGGACACUUUAGUGUUGGGAGUAAAGCUCUGUAUUGCUAACACUGGCGUGUUCCUUUAACAGCAAGGGGCUAUCUGUGAUAGGCUGAAAGCAGUCAGCUGACACUCUCGUUCAAUCACCAACAUUUAAUGCUUUAUCAUUAGCCCAAGCUGCAGUGAUGGAAUGGGCUGGUGGGGACUCUUCUUUAUCAUUAAAUCAUUGAACUGGCUCUGUCACCCCCACCCCCACCCCCACAAAAAUGAGUAUUUCACAAAGAUAAAAUCUAUAUGAAAUGUUCACAUUGACUGAAAUUUGAGUGAAAUUCCAACACAAUCAAAUAAUAUACUAAUACAAAACUAGGGACUACUUUGUCUUAGUAUAUCCCCUACGCUUGAAAAAACUUGAAAUCGGUUGAGCUACCGCCAUCAAGUUUUGUCAUUUAUCCCAGCCGUCACUGCUGUAGGGAAAAGAGCAUUGUCUUUGGAAGCUCCAGCGGCCUUGCGGGAUCUUCCAUAGACCUCAGUGUUCUACAUUUGCGGAUACACAAGAAUACAACAAUGAUGAGGGCUCCUGGAGUAUGAAGCACCAGGAGCUGAAGAGGAUCAGUAGGAAGACCAUAGCAGUAGCUGGUGAGGGACAGGCGCAAGUAAGACACCAAGCAGAGCAGUUACCUUCUGGGGUCUUUCAAAACCUGACGGUCACCGAAAAGAAAAAUUUAACACUGAAUGGAAGUUCAGUGCCAGGGGACUCCAGAUACUAAAAUUUCUUCAAUUAAAUCACAUAUUACUCCCUUUAAAAGGGGGUAAUAUACAUUUCCCUUUCCAUCUCUCACCACUAGAGGCUGUUCAGUGUAGGCUUUCAUUUACUAAAAAUAUAAAAAACAAACUGUAUGUUUAUAUUUGAUUAAUAUUUUAAAAUGUGAUUCUGCUAUGCACACAUCCUGUUCAUGUAGUCCUGGUUUCUGGUGGAACCCUCUAUGUUAGGAUGUAUCAGUGCUGCAUAAAGCAAGGACUUUAGCAGAAUAUUUUCAUAACUUUUUCAAAACGCCAGUUAAUUGUCAAGAAGGAAGGUUGUUCCAAUAAUUUGAGUGUGUUUAUUGGCAAAUGGAAGACAUUAAAGAUGGGCUAUGUAACUAGAACCUGUGCAUCAUAUAGUGGGAUGCGUUGGCAUUGCGAGAUGGAAUGUAAACCCUGAUUUUUUCAAUUGCUUUGUUAUACUAUAGAUAAUAUAGUCUGAUUGUUUGUAAAUAUGUAUUUAUCAUACAGUGAGACUGCAUGCAUGAAGACUUUGCAUUAAUAUGAUUUACAUGAAGAUAAGUUGCCAGACUAGAAUUAAGAUAGGCAGUGGCUAUACAGGAUCAGACAGACUAGCCAACACACCAUAUGGAAGCACGCACACUGUCCAAGUGAACACUAAUAGUCACCAUCUGGUGCUUAUGAACAGACAAAUGCUCACACUCAUCAGCCUGAAUGCCUUUGGAAAUUAUUGUCCAUUACAGUACUCACCGUUCAACUCUAUUGAUUAGCAUUGGUUCAAGUAAUAACCAGACUCAUUAACUGAUUGGGAAACGGAAGUAUAGACAGCAACUAGCCAGAGGAGGAAUGACUCAAGUCUGGUAUUAAUUGUUACAGUGACUCUCUAUGGAGUGAUAGACAAAAGAGGAAUUGAACGUAACAGUUUUAUAUCUUUUAUAAGUGUAGUAUUGAUUACAUUCUCUCUCAAAUUACUACAAAGCUCUAAACCAGGGAUUAUGCAACAUUCGGCAGUCCAGAUUUUGCGGACUGCAGGUCCUCUGACUCUUUCUUAGCAUUAUGGGGGAUGUAGUUCACGACAUCUGGAGUGCUGCAGGUUGCCCACCCCUGCAAUAAAGAUUUCUGGUGAUCUUUGGCACCCAUGCCAUACACAACAACCAAUAUCCCUGCCAUAACAAAACUGUUUCUAAACAUACCAUGGAGAACAGGCCUCAUUCAUCUGAAUCACCUGGAAAAGUAUUGUUCAUAAAGUAAGGCGCUAUGGAAUAAGUUGGCGCAAUAGAAAUACCAAUAAUAAUAAUAAUGCUAAAAGUUGGGCAAAUAAUCUACAGCUCCAUUAUGCUCAUUAACUGAACUGUAUUUAUCUGAUACAUGGAGAGACACGGCUAGUUGACGUGAUAUUACCAAAACAAUCAAACAUUGAACUAUUCUUCCUGCAUGUUUUUUUCACCUACCCUCGUGAGAGACCCUCUCUAGAAAUUUGUAGUUACUGGUCCAAGAACAAUUACUUUAUUUUUAGUGAUAAUGUAUUUACCAUUAACAUUUGUAAUUUGAAACUUUACUUCUUGAGCUUUAAAUAGCAUUAACAUGGAACGAGAAGUCUGGAAUUAUUGGUGACUGUACAUUCCAUCUACAAGCUAUUGUUCAGUAGAGUAAUUUCUUACUGAAGAGAUCACAAGCUAAGUCUGUUAAUAGCAAUUUAAAAGAACUUGUUAUGGUUUAUACAAUGCUAUAGAUAAAUACGUAAAUCCUAGUAACCUCGCAGUGUUUCUGUGUGUAUGUAGUGCUGUUACAAGUCUUGCAAUAUCAUUCAAUGCUUCAUUUCUUUUAAAAGCUUGUAACACUUACAAUAUUUUGUGUGAUGAAAUGUUAAAUGAAGAUUUCCAGCAGACCUGGUGAGAUUGCAAGAAAAUGCCUGUGUGACUUAUGUGUUAUUUAUUUUACAGGCUGUAAAUAUCUUAAGCGUAACAAUUUCAACAAGUUACUACAGCCAGAAGUGACAGAAACACACAUGUGGGUUGCCAAUUAUGCUAUUAUUGUCAUCACCAACCAUGUUGGAGCAUUUGGUUGGCCAUAUGCCGUUAGCUUCCAGCAUUCUGUCUAUUCUAGUUCCUCUCCCUAUGUUGUUAAGAGAUAGCAAAGUAGCAAACCCAACAGUUUGCUUUGGGCCACAGUGAUUAAAAAGACAGUUCCUCAAACAUCCAUUAGAUAAUUUUGACAAUCAUUUGAUGAAUGUAAUUAUUAUACAGAGACUAUGUAUACUGUGCCGUAUCUUGUGUAUAGUUCUCCCCCAGAGUUUAAUGCCUCGUUGCAAACAUUCUCUGAAAAUAAUGUGAUUUUAUGUGUAAAAUUGUAGGAUAUUUUUGUAUUAAUCAUUAUAAAUCUCAGUGGGAAAAUAUAAAUUUAUAUAUUCCUUGCUGUGUGCAUAUCUGUACUCCCUUUUUUCUAAUUAAAACUCUGUCAUAAGUAACAUAUGGCAUACAUUGGCAGCAUUAUAUUCUUUAGUGAUGGCAGAUGAACCCCAAAUGUCACUUAGCAAAAGUACUUAAAGGGACACUCCAGACCCUCAAAGCACUUAAGAUUGCUGAAAAGCUUUAUGUGUGAAGAACAUGUCCUCUUUUUUUUCAAAAAUGGUUUCGCCCCCUUGACUUUCAAGCAGGCAAUAGGUUAUGUUACUUCCUGGUUUGGUUAGCCCAGUAGAGCUAAACUGAAGAAGCAGCAAUUGCUCACAGCACCUGCCUUGCAGAGACUUCUUGUUGAGCUGCAUUGUGAAGUCUGUGCUUGGGCAGCCACAGAAAGUCUGGGUGGAGUUAGAAGGGGAGGAUUUGCCAAGGCUGCAGACAAGAGAAAUGCAGGUUCUGCAAGCUGUUUUGAGAUUUAUUGCCAAUGACAAAAUGCAUAAUUAAAUUCAUGAAAGUUUUCAUUUAGGGUAUAUUUACUAAAUAGUCAUAAUUAUUUAUUUUGUAUUUGAGCAGUAGAAUGUCCCUUUAAGUGCUCCGUGAUAUGACUAGGCUAUGGUUGAUUGAGUUAAGCAGACCAGCAUUAUUCCAUCAGUGGCUUCCAAAGACAUACAAUUGCUGUGGAUACCUAUCACAACAAUCUCAUUUUACCAUUCUAAUGCAGCAUAAGGAGCCUCUGACUUUUCCGGUACAUCAUUCCUGGGAUGUCUCAGGUUAUUGUAUGAUGCCUCCAGAGAGCUUAACAAACAUUAGUGAUUAUAUUUUGCUUUGAUGUUAAGGCUGGUGAGAUAUCUAAUGCAUCAUCAGUAGAAUCUGUCUAAACCCUUGGGGUUUGCAGGUUCAAUUUACUGGGUUGGCUUAGUCCUUCAUCCUUCCAAGGUACAUAAAUUAGUACCUUUAAAUUGGGUAAUAGUAAUGUCCCUUGGAUGAUGGGCACACAUAACAUCCCCAGGACAUACUUGGGAACCAGAAUUAUCUGAAUGUACUUUUCCUGGUUAAAUGCUUUGUUAUUAUUAUGUUGAGCAGAUAUCAGGGUAGUUUGGCCCCCAAUUUAAUAUAAGCAGGGAUACGGGGGAUUCUAUAGCUGGAGACAGCUGAGUUGGGUGGGUGAUUGUCUUAUAGAUUUAUUUGGCCCAAAUUCCCUGACAUGGCUGCUUGACUCUACUGAGGUGAGGGCAGCAAAUGUUUGUAAGUAACAUUACCCAUGAUGCUUGUGUGACAUGUCAUUUCAAGCAUCCAUCAAUAUAUUAAAUACUGAGCUUCCAUUGUAUUGAUUCAUUUCCACGGUGACCCAUCUUUUGAAGCAAACUCUUUGCUUCCACUUUUUAAUCUACCAAGAAGCAUGUUGUUGUGGUGUAGAGCCAUCAAACAACUGGAGCCUGGUUGCAGUGAUGCUAUCUAAACCACAUUACAAAGCAAUUCUGUGUAUCCAGUUCAUUUCACCAUUUCUGCUUCCAGUUUCAUAAUCAACAGUCACAAAAUAAUAAGGUAGUUUUCUUUCAUUUAAAUUUCACAAAUUAUAUUUUUUUCCCUCAAUCUAGUUUGUUGUAAAACAGAGAGGGAUAUUUUUAAAUAAUGUAACACGGGCCUCUAAAAUAUUCAUGAGUUCCCAGUCAUGGCACAGAAAUACAAACGCUACCCUGCAAUUCGGAUGUUACUGGUGAAACAGAUUGCUUGCUGCAUCUAUGAGACUCAUGAAUUAUUAACUGUAUAUAUAUGCUUCAACACUGCAUCAGUUUAAUAUGAAAUAUUUGCAAAAUAUCUUUACUAAUACAGACCAUUAGUAAAGUAUUAGAUAAACACUAUAUCUAUUAUUUAGUUUGCAGGUCACGUUUCCAUCAUCCCUUAAGAAGUAUAGCUUCCUUUAUCCUUUUGUCCUUUGUGUAAUGUGGUUCUGUAAACACAUUUAGGGGUUUCUUUAUGAGGCACUAAGCUUCCGUGUUGAACUGCACCCCAUUAAAAAAAUAUAUAUCAGCAUUAUAAAAUUAUUCUAUGACUACAUAUGUGGUCCAACAGUACAUGAAAAGCAAUACUGAAUUAUAUUGAUUCGAUUGAUAUAUGUGCAUUGUCUGAUUGUGCAUAGCUAUAGUUCACAUCUCCAUGGCAACAGCUCAGAAGCAUAUGAGUACAUCCUUGAAUUAAAGGUAAUUCAUGCAAUUAGUACCAAGGCCUCCAGUACAGAGGAGAAAUUACAUUUUAUCAUCUAGUAGAUGUUUCUUUAUUGUUUUACUAUAACAGCUAUAACUGCUGAUGGUGCGGAAUUUCUUAGCAAGAAGGUAUUUCUGAACUAUUUUAUGGUGCCAGUGUCUUGCCACUGUCCCAGAGUAAGUAGCUAAACUAUUAAGUCAAUCUUAAUUGAGUCUCCUAGGACCCUAUUCCAACUCCAGGCUUCUCCCGUAUAUUCCUGUAUAGAAUAAACCAUAUCUGAUCGAGCACUGCACUCAUUGGCUGAGAAUGUCAUCUGACGCUCCCAGUCAGUGAAUCUGGUCCUGCAUGGUCCUGAUUAGCUCUAUAGGAGAAAGACCAGAAGCAGCUUCUGCACCUCCAUGCACCCAGGAGUACCCAGAUAGGUUGUCAAAUGUACUAAACAAAUCGGCUAUUUACUCCUGGCCCCAUAAACACUACAACAGGGUAUAGUGAUUAUGAAGUGUUCCUUUAAGGAUGCUGACGAGUUGUGUUUUUUAUUAUAUAUUCGGUCUUACGUACUAAAUCUUCUAAAGUUAAUUGCAUAUGUGCUAGGUGUUUCUUUUCAGCAGUGUCUCAACAAACUAAUGCAUUUGAGCAUUUGCAUUGAACAUGAAAGACAAAUUGCCUGUGACAUAAUUCACACUCAUAUCAAAAGAUAUUUCAUUCCAUCUGUCACUGUGAAUCCGAAGUCAUCCCAGAUCUCGACUCUUGAUAUUCUUAUUGUCUCAUCUAAUCCUUUUUUCCGUAAAGAGGUGAUUUUCAGCUGGCUGCCUUAAUUAUUGAACUAACUCGUCUGUGAAAAAUGUUUUGCUACAGUCAGACUGAAAGUUCAAGCCAGUGCACCUUAUCAGUGGCAUAAUGUUCAGAACUCUCCUUUAUUUGCUAAAGCUAGAUAAAUUCCUUUUGGAUUUUACCAGAUACUUUGUUGAUAUGACCUCUGGGUUUGGGGGCAGUGCGACAUGGAUGGCUGAUCUAUUUAAUGGAUUUUGGAAAUAUAUUUAAAGCGGCACUAUAAGUGCCAUAAACAUUACAGCUUACUGCAGUCAGGGCCGUCUUUAAUAACGAAUGGACCCUGGGCAAGUGUUUGCUUGGGCCCCCUGUGCCCUGCCGCUCUCGCCCCUCACUCCCUGGUAUGCAAUCACGGCAUCCAUCCCAGCGCAGUGGCGGUACUAAAGUAGAAUGAAUUUUAUUGGGACCCCCAAUUGCAAGGUUGGACUAAAGGUAGAACCCCAUCUGUCGUGCAACUCCAACAAUGCUUUGACAGCUGGGACUCUACCAAUUUCCCAUACUUGCAGGGUUGUAUUUAGCACUGAGCCAUGUUAGUAUGUUUGAAUGUAAGCAUGUGUUUGUAUGGAGUAUGUUUGUGUAAAUGUGUUUGUAUGUGGUACUGGAGUUUGAAUGCAAGUGUGCAUUUAUGUGUAGUGUUUGUUUUUGAAUGUAGGAGUGUGCUUGUAUGUAGUGUUGACGUUUCAAUGCAGGAGUGUAUUUUAUAUGUAGUGUUGAAGUUUGAAUGGAGGGGUGUAUUUGUAUUUAAAGUUGCGGCUCAGAUGCACAGGUACACACUCUGACGCACAAACAGAUACACAGAUACAUACACUGACUACAUACAGAUAAACAGGCACAUACACUGACAGACACACUGACACAGGUACAUAUAUUGACACACACACAGACACAUACACUGGUAGACGUACUGACAGACAUACUGACACAGGCACAUAUACGGACAUACUGACACACAGACACAUAUACCGACAUACUGACACACACACACAGACACAUACACUGAUCAACAUACUGACACACAUACACUGACAGAAAUACUGACACCCACACACUGGCAGAUAUACUGACACCCACAUACACUGAGAAAUACUGACACACACACACAGGCACAUACACUGACACACAGACUGAUAUACUGACACACACACACACAGACAUACUGGCACACAGACAGAUAUACUGACACAUGCAUACACAUGCACUAACAGACAUACUGAUGCACUGACAGACAUACUGACACAUACACAUACUGGCACACACAGAUAUACACACACAUAUAUACUGACACACAGACAGACAGACACACUGACACACACACACACACAGACAUACUGACACACACACACAGACAUGCUGACACACACACACAUACACUAACACACACAUACACUAACACACAGAUACACUAACACACACACACACUCACACUAACACACAUACAUACACAAACACACACACUAACACACAUACACUAACACACAAACACACACACUAACACACAUAAACACACACAUACAUACACUAACACACACAUACACUAACACACAAACACAUACACUAACACACAUACAUACACUAACACACACAUACACACACACACAAACAAACACACACACACAAACACUAACACACACAUACACAAACACACACUAACACACAUUUUUUUUUUAAAAUGUAAUCCCCCCAGCCUCCUUACCUUUUGGAGUGCUGGGGGGAUUCCCUGGGGUCCAGUGGUGCUGCUGGGCUCCUGGGCGGGUGGCCGGUCGGGCAGGAAGGCGGGCGCGCGAGGGAGCACUCACUGCUUCCUCUUCAGCUCCCUCGCGCGCCGCGUAGGGAUGCCGGCGCCGGAAGAUGACGUCAUCUUCCGUCUCCGGCAUCAGUGCGGUGCGCGAGGGAGCUGAAGAGGAAGCAGUGAGUGCUCCCUCGCGCGCCCGCCUUCCUGCCUGACCGGCCACCCGCCCGCCGGGGUCAGCGGGGCCCACGGGGCAGGUGCCUCGGGCCCCCCAAGAGAAACUGGGCCCGGGGCAGCUGCCCCGUUUGCCCCGCGUUAAAGACGGCCCUGACUGCAGUAGUAAUAUUGUAAGGGGUAUAUGGGUUUUUAUGAUGCUGUCUUCAAAUGAUUAGAAAAAAUAAUUCCUCUGCACUCAAAGCCACUUCUCCGCUUUUGUUCUAAUAUGAAGUUUCAGUUACUUUUUUAACCCAGAAAAGGGAAGGAGAAUUAGAUCGAAUUUCAUAGUAAAUGGCUUGUAGGGGGUUUACAAUGGGAGAGUAAGGGGAGUUACAAACUCCUGUUAAGAUCGCCCUCCUUGCUCCACCAUGAAUGUAGCUUCGCUGGGUCAAAACAUUCAAAUACAAUGUACAAAGUACAAAUAGAAACAUGUAUUCCUAAAACUAUAGUUCUGGUAUGGCUGUUUAGGUAUCUGACCCACUUACCUCGCUUUGUAACUAGCCAACAAUGAAAACACUGCCUUUUCUCUGAAAAGGCAGCAUUUACAUUGAAAAGCCUGCAGGGACAGGCUAUAGACACCAGAACCACUACCUUAAGCUGUAGUGGUUCUGGUGACUAUAGUGUCCCUUUAGGUAACUCUGGGAUCUCAUCUUCUACAUCACUUUCUUUAAAGGAACACUGUAUACAUAUCUGUAUUUCUAAUGUUACAGCCCUGAUGCCCCUUAUCAAUUAGGUCCCCUCCACUGUGUAAAAUAAAAACAACAACAAAAUAAAUUAAAACAAAUUACUGAUUUUUUUUCCAGGGUUUCGAAAUCCUGGAGAUCUGUGUCUAGGAUGAUCUGCCAGUCCAAAGCUCCUCAUAUGGCUGACUGUGACAAUAAUGCACACGUGACGUUACAGUAUGUUACAGUAUGAGAAUAUGGAAGCAAGAUCCACAGCUCUUAUAGACAGUCAUGCUUCCAAGCUUUCUAUUUAGUUUAUUAUUGGGUUUUGGGAUGUAGGACAGGAUGGCAGGAAUGCAGGCACCAUAACAACUUCAAUACGAUGAAGUUGUUAAAGUGCCUACAGUGUCCCUAAAAAAAGUGAUCAUGGAGUUUGGCCAUGUAUAAUGUGCUCUCUGUCUUAGCUUUUCAUCCAUGUAUUAACUUUUCAAUUGGACAACAUAUGGACAUUAGAGAUUUAUAAAGUCUGGUUUUCUACAGUGUCUCAUAGUUCCAAAUACAUACUGAAAAGAACCAUAGAAAAUGUUCUACAUAUCAUUUACCAGCGCUUUAUUGUAACGAUUCCCUUUAUGCUGGGAGAUUCCACCUCUCAUCUGUCUCGCUUAGGAAAAGAUUUAAUUCUCUCCUACUCUCUAGAUUAAAGCUGGAUCAAUAAGAACUCAUAAUCAGGUGAGGUAAGAAAGAAAUUGGAAUUUAUUUACAGUGUAAUUCUAUCCAAGCAAUUAAAUACCAAUGCAUUGUUCUUAAUACGUAAAAGUAUGUGAGUUACAAAAGUGUUUUUGUUUUCAAUCAAAUUCUUCUUACAAUGGGCUCUAAGAUGUACACAUAACUCUGGUUAGUGUUUAUUAAAUAGUCCAGCCAGGCAUCCAAAUAUUUUUAGUGCUCAGUCUUUUUUUGUGCCAGUGACAUAGUUCAGGUUAGAACAUGCCAAUUAAUUUGUUUGACCUUUGUGUAAGCAAAAAGCAAUGAGUUACUGCAUGUCAUACCUUUAACUGAAGGUCUAAGAGUUGUGAUAGACAAAUAUGGACCUCCAAAUGUUACCAGACUUUAUAACCCAUUAAUCUCAUUUGCAAAUACAACAAGGUUUUGGAUAUGUAUAUAAUAUGGCAGGUGAAUAUGCUUUUACCCGAUUGGUGAUUACCAAAUUUUUGGUAUAAAUUAUAUAAAAAAUUUAAUUAAUCAGAAUAGCACAAAUGUAAAAUGUAAACAUCUAAGCCAUGAUUCCAAACUCUGCCCCCCCGGAUGUUAAAGGAACACAAUAUGAUCAGGAACACAAACAUAUAUUCCUGACCCUAUAGUGUUAAAACCACCAUCUAGCCCCCAUGGACUCUCCUUUCGCCCCUAAAUAUAGUAAAAACUUACUUGUAUUCAAGUCUGCUGUUGCUGGCUCUGCCCAUGAUCUCCCUGAUUUGCUGACAUCAUCAGAAGUGAUUCUCUGAACUAAUCACACUGCUUUCCCAUAGGAUUGGCUGAGACUGCCAAUGAGACAGAUCAGGGGCAGAUCCAGCACAAGUAAAUCACAGACCUGGCCAAUCAGAAACUCCUCAUAGAGAUGCAUGGAAUCAAUGCAUCUCUAUGAGGAAAGAUCAGUGUCUGCAUGCAGUGGGUGGCACUGCCCCAGGAUGCAACUCUAGUAUCCAUCUGAGGAGUGGCCAGUGGAGUUAUUCCUAGGGUGUAAUGUAAACACUGCAUUUUCUCUGAAAAGCCUGAAGAGAAUGAUUCUACUCAGUAGAAAAUUUACAAUAAGCUGUAGUUGUUCUGCUGACUAUAGUGUCCCUUUAAAGGGCUGCUCCAACCAUAAUAUGCACUGCAGCCUGCUGGCGGCAAUGGUGGUAGAAGAACCCUUGUGCCAUUCCUUGGUAAUGGGACAAACCAUUUUACAACUGGUUUUCCUCUUAACUGGGUGCUGGGUCUUCACUGUAGUCGGGUUUAUGACAUCUGACUUCGGCAGAGCUUGAAAAGCUGGAUGCCUAUCCUGACACUCAUUCAUUGCCUGAGAACAUCAGCCAAUGAGAGCAACUCGGUGCAUUGAAAUAUGCAGAGAUUAUAUUUACAGAAUAUGUAAACAUGUUCAUUUUUUCAUUGUAAAUCGUUUAGUAGAUAUAUGGCUAUUUAUUUUGUUGCUUUUUUAUGGACCACAUUAUAUUUGUUUCCUUUGACUGUUGCAAAAAUGCAAAUAUUGCAGCAAAGAUCAGAUGGGUUUGGGUGGGAGCAUAAUUUUGCUGAUAUGAUUACACAGGGACAGUAGGGAAGGGCUGGCCUAUGCUUACUCAUUGCUCUAUCAUCUACAGACCAGAAAAAACUAUUGGGUCUUCCCCAGACUGUAUUUCAGAUCAGUCAACAUUUAUCAUAUAUGGAUUUAACUCAUAAAUGGCAGAGGAUUGAGCAGUGAGGCUGCAGGGGCAUGUUCUAUACACCAAAACUGCUUAAUUAAGCUAAAGUUGUUCAGGUGACUAUAGUGUCCCUUUAAGUUGAGUUGACACGUUUUGUUUCUGCAACAAAAUCUUUCCUCUUCCUGUGGGCAAGUGUUGGUGCUUGCUGUAUGUCUACGUAAUCAUUCUAAGGUUUCUUCCUUGUGGUGAUAGAAAAAAGUGUUCCCUAAAAUCUUAGAAAAUUAUACUUUGCAUAAAUAAAAAAAAAAAGAUAAAACAAAAAACAGAGAACAGAGAGGACCAAAGUGAAACAGAAUAAUAACAAUGAAAGGGAUACGGGGGUCACAAUAAUCACUCAAAUUCAAUGAAGCUGUUAUGAUUUCUAAAGGGUCAUGGGUGCCAUCUUACCAUAUGGUGAAAACUGUUUUUUGCACAGGACUUCCAGACACCAUAAUAACUUAAAUGGACACUCCAGGCACCAAAACAACUUGAGUUGUUAUGGUGCCAGGAGGCCACUGGAUGCACUCUUACUUCAAGGGGUUAAACCGAUCUCUAACAGUUUAACCCCUAGGUUGCCCCCAGCACUGGUCUUAGCACCCUCCCUGGUGGUAUCUGGCUUCAGAAUUUUCACUUACAGGAAGUGCGGAGUGUCACCGGGAAGGGCUGCCACUAAUUGUCCUAGAGCCGGGGGGAGCUGAGACCGGCGCUGGGAGCAACUUAGGGUUUAAACCGUUUGAGAACUGAUUAACCCAUAGAGGUCAUAGUUUCUCCAGGGGCCUCCUGGCACCAUAACAACUUAAUUUAGAAGUUAAUUACAACUUAGAGAAGCUGUUUUGGUGCCCGGAGUGUCCCUUUAACGACUGUGAAGUCGUUGUGGUACUCAGAGUGUUCCGUGAUGUCUUCAAUAUGCUUGAUAUAUCUGUUCCCUGAUAUUAACCUAACAUUGGAAGAGUUUCUCUCCUUAGGUGCCCUAAAGAGUCAUAAUCUAUGUCCUUGAGGUACCCAACUCUGCUUUGAAUAUCAUAUGCCAUGUAUAAUAACAUCACUCAAGCAAAAAUCAUUGCUUCUGGUAAAAACCGUUUAGGUGAAUUCAUUUUGACAUAACAUCUAUCAAAAUUUUCUUUGGAAACAGUGAAUGCCAUGUUUUCUGUGCUUAUGACUCAGAACAUCAAGUUGUGUGAGAUUGCUAAUAAUACAGCUCAAUAAAGUAGAAAGUAUCCCCUAUUUCAUAAUAUUGGAAACAUUUUUAGUAUUUCCGUAAUGCAUAGUAUAAAGUGGAUAAAGUGUUGCUGUGCAGAUACAUAAGAUCUCAUCCCACACAGAUCUUGUAGUUUGCUUCUCAGCAGUUACGAAGUGAUUAAUCUAACUCCUAACACUUGCCAAGUGACAAGGCCUUGUGCUCGACAGGAAACAAUUAGAGACAUAUUUAGUCUUUCUUUUGCUUUAAAGCACUUCUAAAAUAUAAUGCACAUGUAAGUAGUCUAAUACUUUGAUAAAAAAUAUAAUAAAAUUAAAAAACACUGGUGUUUUUUUUUUCUGGGGAUUGCUAUGACGACUUUUCAAACCAGUUUUUCUAAGUAUGUUUUGUGAAGUAAACUUAAUAAAAACUUAAAUAUGCUACUGAUUGAGACCGUGUUUAAUUGGUUUCCUAAUUUUUUUCUCGAUGAAAAUAUGCAGUCACGAUGGUGCAAAUCUAACACAAGACUGUCAUGCAACAUCUGUUUUAAGGAAUAAUCCACUCAUAGCAUCAUAGUAUUUGAACUGUACAUGGGAUACACAAUCUCGGUACUCUAGAGAGAUGGGUAGGUGUGUCUUUCCAUAUAUUGAUCCAAUAUACUGGACACUUCCCAAAAAUACACAUAGAAAACCAGAUGUUUGAUACAUGUGGAGUCCUUUAUUUACCCUUUAACCAUAGGCAGAUAUGGAGUUGAACCAAAGAUUCAGGAUAUCUUAUUACAUUUAUUGUUGCUCAAAACAACUGUUAAUUAAUUUAUGUAGUACUUAUAACUAAGAAACAAUAACAUGGUAUCUAUUAUAUAUUUAGAAACGUAAAACCAAUCCUCACAAACUCACUGUAACCCAUGCAGAACUAAAAUUAAAUUAACUUAAUCAUCAAUAAAACACAGUUACUUUGUGGCAUUAUAUUUUUUAAGGGGGCCUGCUAGGCACUAUAACCACUAUACAGCUCUCCUGCCAUUUUUAUGGAUCUCUGCCUAGCUCUCAAACCAAAAAUUGGGGAUCUACCAAUACCUGUAGCUCAGCGUCCUGCCUGCUUCUUUAGGGGAAAAAAUACGGUGAAAAUACCAAAAACAACAGCUGGAGCACUGAGCUGUAGGAGCUGCAAGCCCCAAUGUUUGUCACCUAAUUAAAAAAAAAUUAAAUCAAGCUGAGUGAGGAGCAUGCCCCGCAAUCUCUUUGCAUCUUAUCCUAUACAAUGAGGUUGUGGUUAUGGUUUUUACAGUUCCCCUUUUACUAAAUUUUUCACUUUAAUAGAACAUGGAACAUCACAAUUAUUUUCUUAAAAAUAUACCCCCAAUCGAUGGCUAUAUUUAUUGGUGCCAUGUUAAAAAUAAAUUAGCAUAAAUAAAUCAAUAGAUUAUUGUGCUGGUCAUUUUAUCUGGUAAUAGAUACCUUCUGAAAGUUCUAUCUCCCAUUACAGAAUAUUUAUUAUUAAUAUUAUUAUCAGCAUUUAUGUAGCACUUUACAAUAUUCUAAAGGGGGGAAUUUACCAAUAAACGAGACAGUUACAACAUGUUACAGGAAUAAUAGGUUGUUGAGAGCAUAUAAUCUUACUGAUUGCUAUAGUGUGUGUAUAUACGCUUAUAUAUCUUUUAUAGUGGGAUGCCAGGUUUUUCAUCAGGGGCUGCAACUAAUAACAUGGUAGUAACAGUUUGGCUCUUUCUUUUGUUACAGAAAAGUUGGCAAACCUAAUGGAAUAUGUAUUUUGUCAACACUAAUUGAUAUCAUAUACAGCAGCUCUCCAUAAUCAGUGCUAAGCUUUACUUAACUCCUCUGACACUGUUCAACUCAUCACCUCAAUGUCCACCCUAAAGAAACAACUACAGUAUCCAAAUCUGAAACACUCACGCCUGUCAGUGCCUGAUGACCUCAAUCAUCCUAGUUACCAUCCCAGAUGUGACCGAAUUCCCAUUCUUUAGCACAGGGAUGCUUUAAAAACAGCUUUCAUAUAUCUAUUAUUUGUGCAUUUACAAACAUUUAUUGGAUAGAAAAACAAAACAUAUUAACAAAUAAUACUCAAGGGACAGAUGGAACAACACCCAAAAACACAAACACACAUACAUAUGCACACGAUCACAAAAUAAAUUACUUUUUAAUUUAAAGCUGUUUUCUCAUAAGGGGUUUGGUGUAUUGUGCCAAUCAAAAACAAGCAAACUAUCAUACGCAGCCUUUACCCUGUACAGUUUAUUCUUCCUUAAAAAUACAAGUAAAAAGUGCCAAGUUCUGUUCUUCUGUGUAUAUAUAUAUUUCUCCACGAAGAAAGGCACACGCUGGGCUUCUUGAAAUAAAUUAUUCGUCUUUAUUAAUAACACACCGGUUACAGCAAAUCGACGUUUCAGUUCAUCAGGACUUUCAUCAGGAUUAUCCUGAUGAAAGUCCUAUGAUGGACUGAAACGUCGAUUUGCUGUAACCUGUGUGUUAUUAUUACAGACGAGUAAUUUUCUUCAAGAAGCCCAACGUGUGCCUUUUUUCGUGGAGAUUUAUGUUGAUUUGGCUCAAAGAGCACCGUGUCUCUAAUACUACAAAUGUGAGUGCAAGAUCGUGGAAUAUAUAUAUAUAUAUUUUUUUUUGAACACCUCUAACUGUAGUCAAUCGUAAAUUUAGCAAUAUAGCAAGAGCUUAUUAUAGUAACAGUUUCCCUUUAAUAACCCAGGACUGUGUCUUGUGAUCAAGAGAGUUUAUCCAGAUGUCAUAAUGAUUGUAUCUCCUCACUAAAGUCUCCCUUAGGUGUUAAUUUGUACAAAAAAAAUAUAUAUAUAUAUCAUGAUCACUCAACAGGAUAGGUGGCAUGGGACACGCAAGCUUUACAAUAGUGUUUCUGUAUUCAAAUCACUAAAUAGAUGCUCUUGCAAUGCAAUGAUGUAUUUAAUAACUACAUUACGAAGGUACUAAACGCUUCAGUGGCAGUUUAUGAAAUUUGUCAGUGUGUAUCAACACCAAAUAAAGUUAACACUGUAGCUAUGGCAGAAUAAGUGGAAAAAGGACAAUAUAAAGAGUCUAACAUUCUUAUGGAACUCUGCCUAGUGGUUAUGUGCAUAGAAACUCAGGAAGAGGACCGUUCCAGACUUAGCCUGGCAAACGUCCUUGUCAUUCAAUCUAGUUGGCUCGUACUUUACAGGGAAGUAGCCAGUUUUAUGAGUUCCAUGGCUCAGCCAUAAAUGUAAGUGUUUUUUCCAGCUAACGCAGCAAGAAAGGACACAGCUGAUGAGUAUUCCAGUUAUCAUUACGCUGCAUUCCUCGGUCCUUAAAAUGUAAAUGAGUAUAUAUUACCAAGAAACAAAGAACAAAUAAGUAUAUUUAUUUAUUAUUAUUUUAUUAUUUAUAUAGCGCCAGCAGGUUCCGUAGCGCUGUGCAAUUGGUGCGUCUUAUGAUAGAGUUACGUAGAUGAUGUAUGUUAAGAUAGUGGACCUUAAACUUAACUUGUCAUCCACAAAUCAUCUAAAUGACCAAUCAAGCUUCAGUUACACAGUUUCUAGUUGUUUGGCUAACACAAUGUAUAGAUUAAAUUAGGUGACACCAAGUCACUUUAAAGGUAUCCUCCUUCUAUAAUAUUCAUUAGCAUGUAAAUGUAAGUGUUCUAGUAUAUCUGCAUACCUGUAAAUCAGUAGAAUGUUUACUCAUUUUCUUUGACAUCUUUUGAUUCAUUAAAUACAUAAUGCUUAAAUGGAAACCCUCACACCCCAGAAUUUUUAACAUUAUGUUUACUUAACCCUAUAUUUAAUAGACAUGUAUUUGAGAGGUGUGAAAAAUAAAAUUUAAUGUAGAAAUCCACACCUUUUAAAUCUGUGACUGGGCUACUCCAUCUUAGAUCUCUGUCUUUGUUAUAAGAUCUUUAUAAGAUCUGCUCUUUGCACCUGUCAUUCAACAUAGAGGAAAUAUGCAGAGAAGAGGAGAAAUGAUACAGUGUUUCCCCUCUGCAUUUGUAAUAUUUGAUUUCGUUUUGCCUUCUCCGAAUUCGUUUGUAAUGUCACUUGGUAAUACUUUAAAGGACCGCUUCAUCUCAAUGAAGUGGUUUGGGUACAGCGGUCCUUUUGUUUUAACAUUAUAUUGUAAAACAGUAAGUAUUUUUUGUAACUGCAAUGUUUACAGCUUUAAAUCCACUUUAGUGGCUGUCUUUUUGACAGCCACUAGAGGUGUUUUUGCUGAACUGGACGAGUAAAUCCCACAGGGAAUCAUUUAAUGUCCUGUAAUUACAACAAGCAUUAAAAUAUUUGUGUUAUCUGGAAAAAUUAUUGGGUUUAUUCAUGAAGAAUUGUGGAGAAAUGGCAAGGGAACUGGUAGUUUUAGGCCGAAAUAGCCAUGAUGGAAAAUAGCUGAAUUGGAGAUGUUCUUCGUUUUAAAUUUUUUGCAACAAAAUGUAAAAUUCUCAUUUCACUUUACUUUUUAGUAAAUAGUGUAAAUUCUCUCUUUCUACUGUGCUUGUGCCUUUGAGAUGCUUCUCACUCCAUUCUAUUAGUUAGAGGACAGCUCUGUACUGGCUACAAAAACACUUAUGAAUGUGUUUAUAAUGAUAUAUCUGUCAACGGUACUUUUUUACAUUUAGAAGGUUCCAACAUUAUGAAUUCUUGAAAGCUAACCGUCCUUGCUGGAGACAUUAAGGAUAGGGUACAGUAACAAAAAAUUAGUGUGACAGAUUGUAGCCCAUGGAGUGGGAGUGGGCUAAGGGGAGUGGGCCUUGACAUUGCCAGGAGACAGGCCACCUAAAGGUCAGUGGUCAGGGACUGGUCUAAGGAAAUGGUGGGGUGGAGUUAUAAAGAGGAGUAUAAGUAGUGGCCAUUUUAGAACCAGGGAUCACUUUAAUUUAAGUUGCACUUACCUGUUGUUGUCCCACCCACCCUCCCUUUGCUUUCAGGUGUUUCCCGUUUGGUCACGGCGGCGGGGGAUGGAGAGUAAAGUUGGGGGAAGAAAAGAGUGAGAUGGGGAAAAAGUUUGGAGUUCAGGGCUAUUAGGACUUUGGACUGGUUUGGUAGGUUCGAGCUCGUAGGUAGCUCCGAACCGGGGUGUGUAGGGGUGUUUCGGAAUGCCCCUACACUUGUGGUGCCCUUUGAUGGCAAUGGUCAUGUUUCAAUGUUAAGUAAAAUGCUGCAAUGUUUGGGUAUUAUGUUAUGUGGGAGUGGGUCAUUGUCAAGGGGUUAAAUUGUAAACUGCAGGAUGUUAAUUGUGCAGGCAAACGAUGGCCUGCUGUUGACAAUGACCUUUAUAUUUUAUGUUAAGUAUCAAAUAAAGCUGUGAUAUAAUUUUGCCAAAACCAUGGUGUCAGUGCUUUAUUGGAAAUGGGUAUUUGGUGGGGUUUUAAGCAGAGGCCGACAAGGCGACUGUGCACAUGUCAAGAAACAGACAGAUGUAGUCGUUUUUGAGAGCCAUUACCCCAGUCUUUCAUUGUAAUAACAUAUUCCACAGUUUAACCCCUUAAGGACCAAACUUCUGGAAUAAAAGGGAAUCAUGACAUGUCACACAUGUCAUGUGUCCUUAAGGGGUUAAACUAUGCUUUGACGGAACAUGAAGUAAGUGACGACAAAUUUAGGUGAGCAGGAACAAGAGGUGACAGGGGCUCUGCUCAAAUUAGCUUGUAGUAUAUAAAAAAUGAUCAAAUCCUAUUGUUUUAUUUAAGUUGGAAGGUAAAAAAGAAGGUUAACAUAUCUGAAUCCUGCAUAGUGCCUUGCUGUGCUUGAAAUAGUUCUUUAUAUUGUGCUGAGGCCCUGUGGUUGUAGAAAUGCAAUUAACUGCUAUCCAGUCUACUAUCGGCAGGUACCCAGGUGCCAUAAAAGUACUUAUGCAGUCAGGGAAAUAAUUGCUUCCUCCUAUGACUUUUGAAGAAAAGGGGUAGUCACUGGAUAUAACAGUGAACUAUAUUUCCAGGUUUUUCUAAGUCAUAUCAUAUGGAUAGCCAUCACUGACUGCCCUGUGUGUUUUGCUUUUUUUUUUAACAUGGUCCAUGCUGCAAAUAAAAUGCUUGAGAAAAUGCUGUAUAAUAAUGUCAACAGAUUAUUUUGCUCUCUUUAAACACAAGAUGGAAUCGUACAUUUUUGGCAUAUUCUUUCUCAGUAGGGGAGAAACAUUUAACGCUCACUGGAAGACUGAAUUCUGCCAAUUGGAAAUCCAAUAGUCAUUAAAAUUACUAGUUAAGCAUUUUUUUUUUUUUUUUAGAUCAAAAGAUUUAACAUGCAGGCCUCUUUUUAAUAAUUGAAGAUUUUUAACCUUGGUGAGUUUCAUAGGAGGUAUUUUUGAAUAAAGGUAUUUAUCAAUCUCUCAAAAGUUUCGGCAUAGGCACCAUAACUACUACAUCAAUCUUUAGUUGCUAUGGUGUCAGGAGUCCCCUGGUUCUAAAUGUAGACUCACCUUCAAAUAUAUUGUAUCCAGAAUGUUGUAGAUUCACAUACAUACUUUAAAGCCAGUUUGGAGACUCAUAUAUACAUACAUGAAAGCCAGACUGGAGACUCAUAUACACAUAUGUGGAAGCCAAAAUACAGACUUAUCUAUGCAUAUAGCAAAGCCAGAAUUUAGACUCACAUACACAAUGCAUAGAAACCAGAAAGUAGACUCACAUACCUUGUAGCCAGAAUGUAAACUCGCCUACAUAAAAGCCAGAAGUAGACUCACAUACUUUUAAGCCAGACUGGUGACUCAUAUACACAUGCAUGGAAGCCAGAAUAUAGAGUCAUAUACUCAUACAUUAAAGCCAUUAAUUAGACUCACACAUACAUUGAAGUAAUAAUGUAGACCUGUAACUCGUUGUAAUGUAGUUCACCUUUGAGAGAAGCUUUUAUUUUAUGUCAUGUACCAGAAGUCUUGAAGUAAAACUCUGAAACUCUUACACCUGAUUCAUCUUUGUCGAAUGAAUGCUUUAUGAGCUGUCAAGAUGUAAAAAAAAAAAAAAGUCAAAACCUUGAAAAAUGCUAAAAAUAACUAAUCAAGGAAUACUUUUACUUUUAGAAAGCUGUUUAAUGUUUUAGCAGCUGGGGCACAUGUAAGAAAAUUACAGUCAAAUGUUUAAAUUCUUUAAGGUUUACAAAAGGAAUCUCAUUUUUUUUAAUUCUUUUAUUUUUAUUUUUAUAUUUUAUUCUUUUUACUUAAUGUGUUUAGUGAACAUCUGGCCAGAGUUUGCAUGUUCUGUGUAUGAAUAAAGGAAAUCCCAUCUUCAAUUUAGCUGGUAAUCUGCUUGGGAUGUGGUCAGAAGUAUGACAGUGUUUAAGGAAUAUGUUUUAUGAUGUACUGCCACAAAAUGUUUGGGCUAAAUUGGAGAGUCUUUUAUUUCAAUCUCUACUACACUGUCUUCCAAUGUGGCCACAGUACAGCUCAUUAAAACACUCGAGCAUUUUAAAUACAUAUUUUGAAGUUAGCGCACACAAGGCAAACACACUUGCUUUAUUUUAAAAUAUAUAAUUUUAAAACGCUUUGCCUUUGCCAUUUGGGUCAAAUUAUAUGACUAAAGAAAAUAAUUAGAAAGCGUAUGACUCCAUUGAGGUGAAUUAGAAAAAAAAUAUGUAAUUAAAAAAACUAUUUCCUUUUGCAAUUAGGGGAAUCGUGUAUAAAUAAAUUAAGAACAUAAUUAGCAAAUAUAUGAUUCUUUGAAAAGUAAUGGGAAAAGUGCAUGGAUGAUUUGUUGUAGAAAUGUAUUUUUGUAAAUGUAAUUUCUGUGAAAUUUUGAAUUAAAAUUUUUUUUUUUUAAUUUAUGUCCUGUAAACAUUUUUUUUGAAGGAGUAGAAUAGUUUAUGGUGACUCUGCCAGAAAUACAUAUAGGGCUACUCACUAAAGAGGGAGUAAAUGUGAAUUCAAGGUGAAUUACAAAUUUAAAGUCAAAAUAGCCAAACUGGAAGAAUUCUCUGGGUCAAAUAUGCUUUCAGUUCGUCUGCUCUAGCCUUAAAAUGUAAAUUCUUUUUGAAUUAACUUUGAAUUCUCACUCUAGCGAAUAAUCAAGAGACUUUUAAAACUUUUUUAAAAGAACAGUAUGUUUAUAGCUUUUAUAGCUACUUUUUUUGCUCUGGUAUGUUUUUAGUUUACACCUCUUUUGAAUGGCCUUCCAAAUAAAGUUCCAAGCUUUGUCUGCCUUUUUCUUUUUCUUAAAACAUGGGUCAAUAAGUCAGACUAACAAUGUACACAAUGCAUUAUCAGAUGUUGAUGUAAAGGCGCAGAUAUUCCAUUCCUGAUAGCAAUAUACCCAGAUAAGAUUGGAAUUGCUUCCCUUAGCAGCAUGAAAGAGCUAAAGCAAUAUAAACAUAAGCAUUAUGUAAAGAAUGUAUGUAUAAUGUUUGAUGGAAGGUCCUGUGAGGUGGGGGCAUUAAUCAGAUUAAAGUAACACUCCAAACACCAUAAUCACUUUGGCACUCUGUAAUUUUUAUAGUGCCAGGAGUGCCCUAGCUCCUCCCCAUUGUAAAGAGUUAUAACAUUCUAAAACAGUUUGACUUCUCUCGUGGGAUAUUUUACUAGGUGCAGCUCCCUGCCUCCAUUGCUUCCUAUAGAGAGCCUGAACCUUCUAAGCAGGGGUAAUUCAGGGCUAGUUCACUGGCUAAGUAUGUCAGCCUAUUGCUCUCAGCCAAUUAGCAAAGCCCUGCACCGCCAAGCUUAGCUCAGGUAGAGAGCUUCUGGAUUUCCAUGGGAAGUAGCGGAAGCAAGGAGCAGUGGCUAUAGUGCUGGGGAGCAGUAAUUAUGGUGUUUGAAGUGUUCCUUUAAAAGCCUUUAGGAUCAAUCUAUCUGUUUCGAACUAUGAUACUAUGACUAUUCUGUGAAAGGACAGAAGGACAGCUAGUGCAGAAUUAAGAACAGUGAUGCCUAACUUUGGCACAGAUAUUUGUAUAUUACAUUUCUCAGGCCAAGAGCAUUGAUUCUUGGUCCACGGGUCAGGAACCAAAUUCUUGGGAUCCAGAGUUUCAGAACAAAAUAACGUACCGUAUCAGCUAGAGUCGAAUUCAGUGCUAUUAACACAAGCAGCUCUUUAGUUAGAACUCCCCACUGUGCUGUACCAUGAUUAAGUACAGCUAAAUAUAUUGCCGUUUUUAAGCCAGCAGGGGAUGACAUAAAGGAUUUGGAGAGAAGCAUUUUAAGGCAUAUUAUUUACCUAAUUUGUGGCUGUAAAUAAAUUGAGUGAUAUAUAUUUUGAAAUUGGAAUUGUCUUUUUUUGCUCUGUGGCGCCAGUAGUUUGGAGCACAAUAUUAUAUUAGAUAAAAAUGUCUAUUGCCUGCGAGCAAAGCUUUAAAUGAUGGUUAUGGUAACAAUUAAUCAACAUCUUAAGACACACAACUAUUUCCAGCAUAGUAGUUAGUGGGAGAUUAGGGCUGAAAAUUAUUGUGUGUGUGCACUGUUAAAAUUCCACUUAAUAAACUGGGCUCUUUAAAUGUCUUCCAUUUGCCCAGAGCAGUAAAGAAAAAUAUGAAAAUAAAUAAAUAAACUGUGCCUCAGUAAACCUUGCAUGACUUGUGCGCUCUUGCCCAGGUCUACAUGUUGAUGCAGCUGUUAAUUUGGAAUAGCACCAUUUGUUUAGGAAAAUACUCUUGCAUUGACAGGAAUAAACAAAGUAAAAAAAAAAAGUAUUGGGAACUCUAGAUUUAUCCUGGCGUUACCUCAAUAGGCAGUGAGCAGACCAAACCGAUCCAAAUAUUUUAAAGCUACUCCGGUUAUUUUGUUCACUUGCCAAUCAAACCGUCUAUAUGAGUUCCUACAUGGAUGUUCAGCAGAAUUCUCUCUCUCCUGUUACAUGUCAUUGGGAAUGACCUUUCCAUCAAGGUUGAAACAUACUUAUCUGUGAUUUGACUCUACUUUGACUAACUGUUCAUACAUGGCGUAAUCAUUUAAAGGGACACUAUAGUCACCAAAAGCAACUUUAGCUUAAUGAAGCAGUUUUGGUGUAUAGAUCAUGCCUCUUAAGUCACUUUUAUUUCUGUUUAUGCAUCCCUAGCCACAUGUUCUCUGGCUAUAAUUGACACAGCCUGCAUGUAAAAAAAAAUGGUUUCAUUUCUAAGCAGAUGUUAACUUGCUUUAUAAGUUUUUAUUUCCUGAUUUGUGAAUUGAACUUUAAUCACAUGUCAGGUGUGAAUUUACUGAAGACGUUUUUAUUUCCUGCUUAGUAAAUUGAACUUUAAUCACAUAAACAAAGGCUCCUGCUGGAUCCAGAAGGCUAUUAUCAGUGCAUAAGAUAAAACAUUGUAAAUUAAACAUAAUUUGCAAUAAUGGAAGUGUAAACAUUAGAUCUCUCCUUACAGGAAGUGUUAAGGAAGGCGGUUGACAUUACUUGCAGGGAGGUGUAACUAGGGCUGUAUCAACAAAGUAAUUUAACUCUUAAAUGACAGAGAACUGAACAGUGAGACUGCAGCAGCAUGGUCUAUACACCAAAAUGGUUUCAUUAAGUUAAAGUUGUUUUGGUGACUAUAGUGUCCGUUUAAAGAUGGAAAUAUGUAGUGUAACAACAGUGGUGACUUAUAAACAUAACCCCCAACAUUUCAAAAAGACAAAGAGGGACACUUUACUUUUAGUGGUGUGAGUGGAUGUGUGGCAUGGUUAUUCUGAGAAAUUUUCCUCAUUUUACUAAUUUCAUUGCAACAAAAACAGAGCCUGUAAGAACUGUGAGAACAGGCAAAAGCUCAGAGAUACUUCAGUCGCUUGCCCUUCUGUAAAUCCCCGAUCAUGUCUCAAAAAUGUUUUUGCUCACUUAAGCCAUUACAGAGUGAACCUAUACAAUUUGCAUAUCAGGCUGAUCCCGCCCUAAAGGGCAGUCCAAAUCCAAAAUGCUGGCACAUUCCCUCUGAAUGAGAAAUACAGGAACCCUGUACAAUCGUUUCUGUAUUCUUUGGGCCCCGCCAAUGAAGUGUAGCUGAUAUCCCUUUAGGAACAUGGAGCACAAGGUCAAAGUCUGGAUUACCCUUUUAAUUUAGGGAGAGCCAAAGUAAAUGCAUUGCAAGAAAAACAGAGAAUAAGAGAACUCUGACAAUGGGCAGAAUAAACAAGAUUCUAUAGUUAUGAAGAGCUCAAAAGUGACUGAAGCUUUAAUUCAUUUUUGAAAUAUUAUAUUCUUUUACUUCUGAAGAACAAUUAUUUGCUAUAGUAUUUAACAGAAAUUUUGAAAUCUAUAAAUCCCUAAAUUAAAAAAAAAAGUGAUUUGUUAAUUUCAAGUGCAUUAUAUGUUAUUUUCUUUUAUGUUUUGUUGAAGAAUUAUCUAAUUUAGAUCACCGUAUGUUAAUUUGGCUAGAUUUUGUGUUAAAAUUACAAUAUUUAUUCCCUCGUGCAAGGAAUGCCUUACAUGGCUUAUAUUAUUUUAUUUUAAUAGUGGGAAAAGAUAUCAUAAUAUAUCAUAUACACAUAUGGGCUAUAUUUAAUCUUAUGAGUUUAUACCACUGUGAAAUAGAUUUUUUUUACUUUGCGCUUACAUUUCUUUGUCCUUCUGCAGACAUUUGUCAUUCGAUCCAAAAUUUCUUUGGGAUCUGCUAUAUUCACUUUUAAUCUAGGAGAUCCACAAGGAGCUAUUUACAGCUAUGUGACUUGCCAAUAGCUAUAUUCUUUAUAUCGUAAACAUUCAGCAUCACAAGUUAUUAAAUCAAAGCUAUAUAUCCUCUUUACGUGUACAUCCAGAUGUUUAUAUUAAAGCUGUAUUCCUAUGACAUUUUAUAUUUACAUUGUAGUAAAGCUGCUAGACCAUGAUAUUAGAGAAGAAUGUUAAACAUUUGCUCGCACAAGUGAAAAAUGUUUUAAACCUCAUGUUAUUAAUUUAAAAACUAUAUAAAAACGGUUCUAGUACUAAACUCUGUAUCCAAUCUGUGGCCUAAAAUAUACUUAGGUGUACACUUUGUAUUUACACUUUCUUACCACCCCAAAUAAAGCUUGCUGAGUACAUUGCAUGUUUUGUUAUUUACUUCUUAUCCAGCUUAGUUAUUCUUUUUUCAUAUGUGAGAUUUGAUUAUUUUAUUUGUUCUAAGAUAAAUGUGCUUUAGAGUAUAGUUUAAAUUGCCAGCCAGUGGUUUUCACCUCCCAGUUUUGUUUACUUAUAUGUUUUUGUGUGGUCUAAAAAUAAAAUGUUGCAUACCUCCCAACAUUUCAAAUGGACUAAGAGGGACAAAGAGGGACACUUUAGGACGUGACUAGGGGUGUGGCCAGGGCAGAGCUGUUCAGAGAAAUUUUAGAUGACUUAAUAAUGAUUAUUGUAAUUAUUACGUAAUUUAGGAGAACAAUGCAUCAUGUUUACAAAAACUGAUUUCUAAACACAUUUAUUGUAUUUUAAAGACCCAUCACUGUGCAUAUUGCUUCUGAGCCAUGUUAUACACUCAAACACACAAACAAUAUAGCUCCUAGAAAAGAAUGACAUUAGGUAUGAAAAGAGGGAUAGAGGGAUUUGGGCCCAAAAUAGGGACUAUCCCUCCCAAAUAGGAAUAGUGGUGAAAUGUAGAAUUCCACCAUUUAUCUUGGAACUAAGUGUCUCCUUGGCUAUCUCCUUAUCUUGGCCACCUAUCCAUCCUCAUUAUUAAUUAUUAUGCCCUUUUCAUCCAUUGGACAUAGUUAGUGGAAGAGGAGAAACUAAAACCUUUUUCCUCAUUUGCAUUGUGUGCCCUGGCUGUGCCUCUUCUAAAAUGGAUUGUGAUGUCACUUGUUAAAUACUUAAUAAACAUUCUAAAAGAAAAAAAGAUUAACUCAAGUUAUAGUUGCUGUUUUAUCCAGUUAUCCACAGAAGAGCUUGUUACAUUUAGGUAUACUCUAGCCAACGAUCAACAUCUGUGUUGAUUUCUGAGCAUCUCUAAUUAUUGGCUGACAUCUACUGUGUUCCCAAAUUAACUCUCACUUUUUCAAAUAUUACAGGUUGCCAUAAAGUCAAUUCGCAAGGACAAAAUAAGAGAUGAGCAAGAUAUGGUUCACAUCAGACGAGAGAUCGAGAUUAUGUCGUCACUCAGCCACCCACAUAUUAUAAGCAUCUACGAAGGUAAUUUUCUCCUCUCCCGAUGUGUGGUCCAUUAUUUUAUUGUAUGUCUGAUUCUUGGCCAGCGUUCUAUGUUUGUGUGGGAUGCAACACUACACAUUGUUAAGCUGAAAAUAUAAAGUUGUUUAUUCUUAUUAUUUGCAUCCAGACAGUUUUAGACCUUUCAAACUUUUAUUUCACACCAGAGACAGAAAGCACAUGGAAAUUCACUCAUUAUAUACUAUCACUAUUUGCUUGCUUGUGUGUAUACUUUGUGUGUAUUGCAAUUUAGGUAGUGUCCUGAUCAGGGCCAGCGCUUCCAUAAGGCCAAUUAGGCAGUGGCCUAGGGCGCUCUCUUGGAGUGGGCGCCCGCACAGGCUGUAAUACUCAUCUGAACCCCCAUGAGAAUAUGCAGAGCGAGUGCCGCCUCCCCCUAAAACAGAGCUACCGGCAGCGUCAGCCCCUCACUGCUCCUGCCCUUCUCCUGGUAGCUCAGCUAUGUAACAGGCUUUAAACACAGCAUCUCUUUAACAAAUGUAACUCCUACAAAACCUUGACCCUACCUCUACUGUAUCUAACCCUGCCUCUCCCCAUCUGAUACAUUUUAACUCUGCCCCCAUCCUGCCUCUGCCCCCUCCUUCCAAGACCCUACCUACUGUCAUCAUGUCCUUUGAAGAGGAGGGCAGAGCUUCCCCAUGUUGCUCCCCCUGUCCUGAUCUGUGCUAUAUGUUGGGAAUUCUUAACCCCUUAAGGACACAACUUCUGGAAUAAAAGGGAAUCAUGAUGGAAUAUUUCCAUCAUGUGUCCUUAAGGGGUUAAAGGACCACUAUAGGGUCAGGUACACAAACAUGUAUUCUUGGCCCUAUAGUGUUAAAACCACCAUUUAGGUGGUUUGCCCCACUGUAGCCCCCUUAAAAGGAAUUAAAACAUACCUGACUUCCAGCCCCGCCCCAGUGCUGGCCCUGCCCCAAUCCGCCUCCUUGCUGACAUCAUCAGAAUUUACAAUUUUCCCAUAGGGAAAUUCAGCAUCUCCAUGCAGAGCGAGGAGACGCUGAACGGGAGUGCUGCACAAUGUGGAUCACUGCUCCAGGAAGCACCUCCAUUGGCCAUCUGAGGAAUGGCCACAGGAGGUAUCCCAAGGAGGCAAUGUAAAAACUGAAAAGGCAGUGUUUGCUUGAAAAUGCCUGCAGGGAAUGAUUAUACUCACCAGAACAACUACAUUAAGCUGUAGUUGUUCUGGUGACUAUAGUGUCCCUUUAAAUACAGUAAUUGGUUAAUUAUCCGCUGAUCUCCUCUCAGCUAUUUUGCAAUAUCUGUUGGUUGGCUAUCCAGCAGGCCGUCGUAAUAUGUAAGAUUUUUGGGGGGAAAAUCAAACCUGAAAGAUCAUUCUCUUUUCACAUUAAUUAUCUGGUGUCACAGUGGUGUAUCAAUUUCUGAAAGUAAAUAAAUAUAUCUCUAAUGACAUUCUAAUGCGUGAUUUAUGAUUCUCAAAUGCACUGCGCCUUGAAUAGUGCCUCGGUUACACAUAUAUGUUAAUUUCAGCAAUUAAUUUUUCACUAUAUACUUUGAUGAAGGGAGGAUCAUUUACCAGCAUGAGACCCAUAACAGUCACAUUAACUGUAUUUCCUUUUAUCCCACCUUGUUUAUACAUAACCACCAGCCUUUCUCCCUUGCUCUACCCCAGCUUAUUUUAUCACAUUUUGCAUUGUCAGCCUCUUUUGCCAAGACCUCAACAUUUUGUCCAUAUACAAUUUUCUGUUCUUUGUCCCUUUCUACCUGAAAACAGAAUUUCCGCUAGUUUCUUUCUAACUGUACAUACCAUACCUACCUUCAUUUACAUGAGACACUGUGGUGUGGUAUACUUCUCAACCACAAGCUGCAAGGUAGGUAGUUGUCAAUUGGUUUGCCCCCCUUAACCAUUUGAAAACUACCCCCCAGUGCAGCUUGUGUUUGUGAAGUAUAAAAUAAUCUGAAUGAGGCCUGGGAGAAAAAAGGGGUCUAAAAAUCAAACAAGACAAAUGGGCGUAACGCAAGGUAUUAUUUGUCUUUAUUUCAAAAGAUGGAUUAUUUAUUACAUUGCAUUUUUUUUUUUAACUUAUACCAUUUCCUAUAAUGCCCUGUGUGUGUGUAUAAAGGCACAAGUGUGCAACUGAGUAUUCUUUACUGCCUACUAUUCUCAAAGAAGUGGACUUUAGGUCUACAUGAUUCAUCAUAAUGUACAGCACCCAGUUAUGGCUAAAAAAUAUUAUCAGGAGAAACCACUCUCAAUGUGAUAAAAUGUUUAAUCUGAUCACCUGAAAAUAGAAAAUUCAUAUUGUAACCAGAAAAGGUUGCUUAAACCAUCAGUUCUCCUGUAUGCGGUUGUAUUUCAGAUUAAUAUAACAAUAUGUCGCUGAUAUGCAUGACUUGUUUUUGUGUGUGUAAGCUUACACAGCGCCAUCAAUUACGGAAAAUGGCAAUAACAAUGGCUCAACACGUCCUAGAGUAACCUAAACCUUCAGGUCAGUUAAACGGCCAAAAAAUGAAAUGACUGCACCAGAUGGGAAGGUGAAAAAAACUAGGUGAAUUACACAAAUCCAGAGGGUUCCAUAUAGUUUACAUGAGGAUAUCCCCUACCCAUCGUGUUUAGCAGCUGCCAAAAUGAGCUGGAAGUUCGAUGUGUUGGAGAUUAGAUCAGAGCAGGCCAAGUUUCGAAAAGACAAAAGAGCUGAGCUAGGAACCUUUUGUAUUGCAGCUGCUUCAGAUCUCAUCAUGCUCAGCCGGCUUGGUCCCUAAGGGUACCUCUUCCUGGAAACAAAAUCAAACACGGGAAUAAAUUCCAUAAAUCAGACAGAAGAAGAAUAUUUGAGUCGAAAAAUAUAAUACUAAAAUAAAAAGAAAUGUUACAAAGUAAUCAGCAUAAAACAACUCUCUCUGAAAAGUGAUGAUUAUAGUGCACACCCUAGUUAGAGGAUCAUGUUGCCAAAAUGAGCUGAGCCAAAGAAAACCAAAAAAAAAAGCAAUAAAGAAACCCACCUAUUGGGAAUUUCCCUUAACUCUAGAGGAAAACCAGAAUCUGCUGAAAUAGACUAGAAAUAUGUUCAGAAAAAAAAUGUAAAAUCAAAUUAUUAAAUGUAUUUAGUAAGAAUAUGUAAUCUGUGAUUGUUAAUCCCUCUUUGACAAAGGAAGGCUUCAGACACGCAAAAUAAAUUUUCAACUAUUUGCUUUUACUUUCCAGAGAGCAAACUGGUAGAAAAAAAUGGAAGAAACUUGCUUCAAAGCAACAGAUUCACUAAGUUAUAUUUUCAUGUGUAUUAUUAGUAUUGCCAUUUAUAUAGCGCCAACAGAUUCCGUAGCGCUUUACAAUAUUAUGAGAGGGGGGAUUUAACUAUAAAUAGGACAAUUACAAGAAAACUUACAGGAACGAUAGGUUGAAGAGGACCCUGCUCAAAUGAGCUUAAAGUCUAUGUCAGGGGUUCUCAACGUUAGUCCUUAGGACCCCCUACCAGUCCAGGGUUUAGGGAUUACCUGGGUGUGUCUAAGGUGUUUAGAAAAAGAAAAAAAAACACCUUAGAGUCUAAGGUGUUUUUUUCCCUUUUUCUAAACACCUGAGACACACCCAGGUAAUCCCCAAAUCCUGGACUGGUAGGGGGUCCUGAGGACUGGGUUGAGAACCCCUGGUCUAUGUGGUACCGCAAAGGCACUCAACUAUUGAGUUCAUUCAUUGAGUAGUUCUGCGAGAGGGCCCAUAAAGCCCAUCCAACUGCAUUAUUUUGCUGCGGAGUUCAAUGUGAACCCCUGCAGCACUGUAUAGGCAAUGUGAUAAAAUAAAUCAAAGGUGUAUUACAGCACUGGAUACAAAUCCAUCCGCAAAAUGUUAACUUACCGGAAAAAAAAAAUGAAGAUAAUUUCUCAUUAACCCUUUGACCUUCUGGUCUAGAGGUGAUUAGCUUUAGAAUGUGUCACCACUUACCUAAGUUAAGAUCUCAGAUUUUUAAGGCUAAGUAGGUCCAAGUGGCUUGAGCAAGCUUUUACUAGCUUAAUGAUACUUUUUUUUUUGGUAACCCAAUCAAAGUGAGUUUAUUUCCAGGAGCAACUGGAUGAGGUAGACCCUAAUUCUCCAUCAAAAGAAAUUCCAUCCUCUCAGCAGGACAGAAGUUGGCUCUCUGUAGCAUACAGCUGGGAGGAAAAUACUGUUGAUGUGACUUAAAACAUCUUGAAUUGUAGUGAACAGCUAUAGCUGACCUUGCCAGAAUCCUUCAUUCUGAAUUUCAGAGUAUAAAUGUAAUCACUGAAGGAAAGUGCUUCUUUCACGAACAUCCUCAGAGCAACAUGUCAAAUCUGGGAUACCAGAGGGCCUUUAAUUCUGAAUAUAGCAUAUAGUGUGUAUAGUGCUUACAUUUAAAACUGCUAUACAAUUUAUUUUCAGUCUACAUUCGGUUUAUUGUAUAUAUAUAUAUAUAUAUAUAUAUAUAUAUAUAUAUAUACACAUAUUUUUGCAUGCAUAGUUCUAUAAUCAAAAUCAGUUUUUGCUCAUGAACCUCAGCUGCAAAUGAACUAUACUUUUUACAGUAUUAAAAAGACAAUCUUCUCUCAUCGUCAUCUGGAGACCCCAGGCGAUGCCUUACCUUAAGGUGUUAAAUUUAAUUUCAACCUUUCAGCUAAUUAUUAUGGAUUUGAAGAGUGAUAAAAAUAGAAUGUGAGUCCACUGCUGAAUACUAGGGAUGCACCGAAAUUUUGGCUUCCGAAGUUUUGGGCCGAAAAUGGGCCUACCCAAUUUUGGCCGAAAAAGGGUCAAAUCUGCUGAACAUUUUGGCAGUGAGAUGGCCCUGGAUAAUGAAUGAAGCAGCAGACACAGAGCUGAUAGCACGGUGCAGGCUGCCCCCUCCCUCCAUGAUGGUAACUCUGGGUUAUCUAGCGGUGUGCCUGCCCUCCUUCUUUCACAUAUCCUAUGGAUGACGCAUUCCCAUUGGUUUGGGCCAAGAACACGCAAGUAACGUAGACCCGUCUGAAAACAUGGCUCCGCAGGGAACUUGCCAAAAAACGAUGCAUCUCCAGGGAGUCUAACACCGGCCCAGGAGAGACACAAGAGGUAAAGCGGAAGUCUCCACCGCUCCUGUACUUGGUGGGAUCUAUGACUCGUUCCUCCCCACCGAAGCAGCAUGCUCAUGAAAAGAGACCGGCCAAGAUGGCCGCCAGCAACAGUGGUGGGGUCGUGAAGGAAGCGACGCUGCCAGAGAGGAGUGAAGAUUUGUCAGGAACCUGUUUGAAUUGGAUUCAUCGUUACUGGAGAUGAAGUAGCACUGGUAAGCGCUGCUGUGAGAUUUUACAUAUUAUCUAUUCGGUUUCUGCUUAUAUAACGGCUUCAAACUCAUAGCUGUUAUAAUGGCAAUGUACUUAGUGUAUAGUGUGGAGGCAAAUUGUGCAAUGGUACAGUAAGGAAGAGGCUUUGUGAUUGCUUUGUGAUUGGAAGAGGCUUCGUGAUUGCUGUAGUUUGUAUCAGAGCUAGUCACUAAAUACUGAAUUGUGGUGAAUAUCAAAUGGUUUUAAAAAUCAUUUGGUGAAAAAUGUUGUUUUCGGUUUCGGCCAAGGGCAUCCUGAAUUUUCGGUUUCAGCCCAGAAUUUUCAUUUCUGUGCAUCCCUACAAAUACCCAGAUCUGUCCCAUUUAAUCUGUUAUAGAUCAUUCUAAUGCAGUUUACCCUUUCUAAUUACAAUCUCAGGCCUGCCAACAAUCCCACUUUCAGUGGGACAGUCCCGAUUUCGGGAUCCUGUCCUGCCGUACUGAUUUUGUUCCCUGGCGUCCCCAUCCUGGGUCACCACGGAACUCUCCCCAGACAGUACAGCGCAAGAGCAUCAUUAGACGCACUCAGUCAUUCACAGGUGCUAAGAGCCUGCAGAGCGCUUUAGCAGACACCCUUGGUCCUCUAGGCUGUCAAGCUGGAUGGUCGCCUCUUUCUUGAGCAGACGCGCCCAAUUUUGAGCAGUGUUAGCAUGCUAAGCAAUAUGCAAGUGCCAUAAUCUGUUAGCACUUUUUUUCUCCUUAAUCAGGACACCAGAAAACAAGCCUUGUGAUGGCAGGGACAGACAUCAGAAAUCAGGACUGUGCCACCAGACUUUGGACAGUUGGGGAGAAUGCAUUGGACUAUUGCAAUACUAUACCUGACAGUUCAGCAUUAUGAGCCAGUAUAACAGUAUUUGAUAGCUUGCAAAUGUUAUACCAUAACUCAAAGAUCAGAUGAUGUCACCUUUUAAAUCUUUCGGUUUCACCUUUUUUUUAAUAAACUAGGCAGUUUGUGAAAAAAACAAAACCUUAAAGAAUGUGAAUAGAAGUCUUGAUUUUCAGGUCAUACCCUCUUUUUUUUCAGUACUAUAUAGCUUUUAAGUUAUAAAAAGCACUAGAUUGGCUUUGCAAAUUAUGAGUCAUAGUAUAUUCCCUCAGAGUAUAGAAGAAUGAGGUGACCCUAUGCAGGGAAUGAAAUGAGAUCGAAAACAACUAAUGAAACGAUAGGCAGGCUCUUAACUUAGAAUAAAGAUGAAUAAUUCUGGCAUCAUUUUACCUUUCAAUUAGACCGUGUUUCUAAUUAAUUUCCUGUCUAGCUGAGCUGUGACGUCAAGUGGCACAUCUCAUUUUCUUUUCUUCUCUGUAUUUUUUUUUCAAAACACAGCACCAGAACAGAUUUCUUGUCAUUACCAACAGCUCACAAUGAGUUGAGAACAAAAUGAACUUGCCUCCGCUGUUAAAUUCCGCUGACCUUUGAUUUCCUCAAAUAAUUAUUUACACCUACGUAACUCUUCUGUUGGACAGCGCACGAUUUCAUGAAGUAGUUGGCCAUUAAAUGAAAACAUAUAUCAAACUCUUUCUCCCAUGAUAAUAGACUGAAACAAAAGGAAAGCAUGAAAACGCAGGUUGAUAAUGCAGCUAGCAUUUGUACCUGCUACAUGUUUUGUGAAGCGCUAUACCAGGGGUAGGCAACUUUUCGCACUCCAAAUGCUGUAGACUAUAUCUCCCUUGAUGCUUUGCCAUCAUUAUGGAUGCAAGAGCAUUAUGGGGGAUGUAAUCCUCAACAUCUGGAGUACUGUUAUAACAUAAUAGAUAUCUCCAAACUCAGCAUUAUAUAGAUAAGUUAUUAAAGUGGUUUAAUAGCUGUAAGUUCAGGUGUUGCAUGUGACACCAUAGGCUUGGUGACAAUGAAUUAUCUGUUUAUAAAAAACAAAAGUGUAGAGGAGAGUGCAAAAAACAGUGUAGUAUCAACACGUGCUGCUGUGUCACUCAACACAACACACAAUCAAGUAAACAUAAAAAACGGUGCAGGUGUACACUCACAGGGUAAAAACUAAUAUUACCCACUCUGGAACAUUAAAAAGUUCUAAAAAAAGCAUAAAAUAGCAACUUAUAGUCUAGUAUGCCAGGGUACAACAAAUACAGAAAAGGUAAGCUUUUACACUUACACAGUGGACUCAGACUUAAAGGCAGGAAUAUUGAUCUCCUCCGUAAUACUUCAAGGACGCCUCCAUUUGUAUUGCCCCUUUAAAAGAUACCAUGUAUUAGCAGCAGCUUUCCGAAAUAAUCCAACAUCAUUAGGGAUCACUAAAAUACAGGUGUACUUGAUAAAAGCGAAUAUGGGAUAAAAAGACCUGUUUAGUAACAGUGUCCGCAGGCACUAACGCGUUUCUACCAGCAAAAUCGUUUUUAUUUUUAUCAAAGUGUAAUCUUGAUAUCCAAAAAUCCAGCGCUUUUGGAUCCACCUCCAAUCUUCCAGCCAUGCCUGGUGCUUAAUUAUCUGUUUAUACCCAUUGCUAGUGAUAUAGUAACGUAGUGAUCUGGGUUAAAAAAAAACAAAAAAUUAAAUAAAUAAAGUGAUUUCCAGAAAACGAAACAGAAAAAUGGCGAUCAGAUACCUCUUUUAAUCUACAAGCUCUUAACAUGUAAAUGUAGUGGUUUUCCCAAAAUCAUGCAAAAAAUCAUUCAAUCCAUAUAUAUAUGAACAAAAAAUACCUCUGCGUAAUAUAAAAAAACAACCUAUUUACCUAUUUAUUUUAGGUACAGAAUUCCCCUUCUUUAUCGUUCUUGCUGAAUAGAAUGUUUUGUUCGCUUUAGGCAGCAGCCCAUCACAGUGUUCCUGUAGUAUUUAAUGAUCUGCCUUGAAUUAGCACACAUCCUGCUGUUGUAUCACUCUCGAGGUCUACACUAUGUGUUUUGUUAUUUUUUCCUGGUGAUUGCAAACCUUGCAAAAAAGGGUUAAGCUUUUUACAUAUGCUAUUAUUUUGUCCAUAUCUUGGGCACUUAUAUAUGCAUGCUUAUAUCCACAUUAAUGGAAUUAUAUGGGUUUUUUUUGUCUCGAUAUAUAUGGCAGGUGGUUUGACAUGGAAAAAUAAAAUGGGCUGUUAAAGUAUAUAUUUAGCAAAAAACUGAUUUAUAACCAUACACCGAUCAGCCACAACAUUAAAACCACCGACAGGUGAAGUAAAUAACAUUGAUUAUAUUGUUACAAUGGCACCUGUGAAGGGCUGAUAUAUAUUAGGCAGCAAGUGAAUAGUCAAUUCAUGAGUUUCAUGUGUUUGUAGCAGAAAAAAGGCUCAGUGAUAGGCAGGCCAUGGGCACUGGGUUUAUCUUUAUACAUAACAGCCGUCCACAAACUCCAUUGCACCUUUGUGUUCCUCAGACAUUUUUAACUAAUUAUAGUGUUUUCUUUAAAAAAGUUUUAUACCGAACAAAAUGUAUUGAUCUCACACCUAGUGUCAAAGUCCUACAUACUAUACCACCAAUUACAUAUUGAGUAAUUUAUUAAUAAAAUAUAAGUUACUGUUAAGAACGUAUUGUUUGCCAGUGUUACAAUGAUUUUGGCAGAGACAGCAGUAAAUAAUAUUAUGUAUAUUAUAAAUACAGUAAUACCUAACUGCUUAUGAUGACUGAUGAUGGUUUGGAUUUGUGAUAACAUUCUGAUGAGAUCAUUUCCAAGUGUGGAAGUAACCUUAACAGCCUGUUAAAAAAGUAAUACAGGUAUUUUCAAACACACUGUUAUAUAUUACUGCAGUUGGAAUAAGUGACAGCUGUCUAUUGACUUACGAUAUGCAUGAAACACAUUUUUGACGUCACAGCAACCAAGGGGAUUUUUAGCAUAGCUGUCUUUAGGCACAGCUGUAUAAGUCCUUAACACGUGACACUCUAAGAGUGACUGGUCCCUUUGUCACAUCAACAUACUGACAUGCCAAAUGGCUUUACCCUUUAAAGAGCACAACUCUGGACUAUGCAUUCUCAUAGUAAAGUUUAUAAAUAGUGUCCCACUUAGUUAUGUCAUCUUUCUGCUGGCUGCAGUGAGGUAAUAAGGACGAGACUACCAAUUGACCUGCUCAGGCCAAAUAGGGUAUCAUUGACUAUCCAUACACUGAACAUAUCUACUUACCUUGCCCUUUCUUCAAAAAGUAAACCAUAUUAACAUGGGGAUUAGUCCAUUCCAACCUAGAGCUUCAAAACUCUAAUUUAAAUAGGACAUUUCCAAAUAAUACUUUUACGUUUGUUACAUUUUUAUUUUUACAUUUUACAAUAUGUUUAACAGUUUUUCAGAUAAUACUCUUCUCAAUACUUGUUCACUGCUGUUUUCCUUGUUUGUUUUUUGGUAUGGGGAAUCUGUGUUCAGUGUUUGUACUGGUCAAUGAAGAUAAAUUUAAUUUGGAAUGUCUGACGGCCACUAGAGGCAUAAUCUAGGUCUGUAAACAUUGCCAUUUCUGAGGAAUGCCAUUGUCGGAGAAAAUAACCUGUAAAUACCAAAACCUCUACUUUGAGAUGUAGUGGUUUUGGUGCUUCGAGUGUCUGAGAUGGGAUGGGAAAAUGUGGCAUGCUUAAAGGACCACUCUAGGCACCCAGACCACUUCAGCUUAAUGAAGUGGUCUGGGUGCCAGGUCCUUUCUAGAGAAACUGUUAUGUUUAUGAAUGGGUUAAGCCUUCCCCCUAAUCCUCUAGUGGCUGUCUCAUUGACAGCCACUAGAGGCGCUUGCUUGCUUCUCACUGUGAUUUUCACAGUGAGAGCACGCCAGAGUCCAUAGGAAAGCAUUAUGAAUGCUUUCCUAUGUGACUGGCUGAAUGCGCGCGCAGCUCUUGCCGCGCGUGUGCAUUCAGCCGCCGGGGCGGAACGGAGGAGGAUCGGAGGAGGAGAGCUCCCCGCCCAGCGCUGGAAAAAGGUAAGUUUUUACCCCCUUCCAGAGCCGGGCGGGAGGGGGUCCCUGAGGGUGGGGGCACCCUCAGGGCACUAUAGUGCCAGGAAAACGAGUAUGUUUUCCUGGCACUAUAGUGGUCCUUUAAUUUUUGUAGGGCUUGACUUGUGUUUGUGUGUGUGAAUGCUAACGUAGUUUUUCAUAUGAAAAUACUGAAGGAAAAACAUAUACAUACAUGAACAGAAGCCACAUGUCCUCGAUAUUUCAUCAUUUAGUUCAUGCAAUUUAAAAGGUGCAAUUCAAACAUGCAAUCACUUCCUACUUGGGUUUCAACAUUUACAAUCUCAUCCAAAAUGAUGUGACAUCAUGCAAAAAAGAUGUUCUCUUUAAGUGAUCUCAUACAAUUUCAAAAUGAUUGGGAUGGUAGCUUAAUUUUUAUCAAAUGGAAAUCCACUGGAAAAAUUAUAGUUAAUGUCUCACUGGUACACAAUAGUAUGUUUAGAAAUACGUUCUAAAAUAGUUUUCAUAUUAGAUUUUAUUUAUACAUUGUCUUGUGUCAAAAGGAUGUUCUAAUAAUGCAUUGCUGAAACUUUUAAUGCAUUUUAUCUGAAAAAUGCAACAUUUUUGCAGCAUCAUAUUCUUGUGCUAAAUUUUUUUUAUUUUUUUUAAUUUGAAAAUCAUUUUAAAUUGAGAGCUGCAAACACACUUUCGAUUUGGUCACCUCGAAGUAUUUAGGUUCUAAAAAAAACAAAAACGACUUUAUUAUUAUUAUUUAUAAAGCACCAACAAAUUCCGUAGCGCUGUACAAUAGUUUGACUAACAGACAUGUAAUUGCAACAAGUUGAGGUGGACGCACAGCAACAGAGGGUAUUGUGGCCCUUCUGAAACAAGAUUACAUUCUAGAGGCAGUGGGAUUGUAAUAUUGUGUACUAACAAUUAGAUACAUACCAUCUUGCUCUUUUGAUUGGCUGACUUUUAAUAAAGCAUUGCUUUGUAACUACUGGGGAGGGCAGUUCUGUCUGCGGUUGAUAUCGGAGUAAUAAAAAUACCAUCCCAUGAAAAGACACUUGAUGGAAUGUCAACAUACUCAAUGUAAUGAAGAUUAUCGAGGGAGAAAGGAUAAGGGUGGUUCAAGCCAAUCUUGGGCAAAAAGCUUCUAUUAUUAUUAUUGAUAUUAUUACUAUUUUUAUAAUGUAUAUAGUGCCAACAUAGUCCUCAGCACACUGUGGAUAUAAAUUAGCAAAAAAACAACAGUUAUUAUGUACAGAAAUGAGAUGUGAAGAGAGUUCUGCCUAAAAGAGCUUACAAGAAGUUAAAUGUCGCCUUAAACCAACAAACUGAACUACAUCCCCUGAGGUCAUCAAUAAACUAAAGAACCAGUUCUAGAAUGAAGUAUUGUAUUUUCAUGUAUAGAAGGCAUUUUCUGUAGACUCUUAUCAGACAUAGCAGAGCUUUUAGCUGCAUAUUUUCCAUGAUGCGGGAAUGUAAAUAAACCAACUAUGACGCAGUGGUGCGUUUCCUGGGGGUAAAGUUUUUUUUAUACCACAUUUUUACUUCGUUUUAUCUAAUAUGUAUAUAAUCUUCACAAAGAAAAUCUGCAGUGCUAAAGAUUGCAAGAUCACAGGCCUAAGUCAACAUUCAUGGGGUUUCUUGGGCAUUUCAAAGCAUUGCCAUUUGGUCAAAAACUGCUGAGCUUACAAACCAGCCGAACUGGAGAAUUUUUCAGAGUUAAAAAGUUAAAAUUCUACUGUAAUUUUUCCACAGUAUACAGUUUUUGAAAAAACAUCAUUCUAAUCACUGGAAUCAAAUGAUUGUGUACUCAUUUUUUAAAUAAAAAAAAUGAAAAAAGUCUCAUAUUAAAAUAUGUUUUGUUUUGUCAUUAGAAGCCAGGUUAUCCAUAUCACAAAAGAACAUCUAUUACGCAGUUUUAAAGUAGUCUUUUAGGAAUACAUUCUUGUUAGUUUAAUAGUAUUAGAUGACUUCUCCUUUAUCCUUCUUGUAGCUAAAAGAACUUUAAAAUGUCUAUUUUUACAGACAAUAUAUAUCUUAGUGUUACAAGAUGUGUCUCAUUUUUUUAGAUAUAAAAUAAGUGUUAAUAAUUGGCUAUUUCUACGGUAGGUUAAAUCAGGGCAAGUACCUCGGCUCUUCACAAAACCACUCUUGUUGAAAUACAUGUGCAGUUGCAGUGUUGAACUGCUGAAAAAUAAAGCAUUGCACAACUUCUAUUCUAUGGUUUACAUCAUAUUUAUGCAGUUUCUCUCUGUAACUGGUCACAAAUCACUGGAGGCCACUUAGUUGUUAGAAAUAAACAUUCCCUGUAACACACUCCUGACUCAAAGGCUGCAAAUUUAUUGGGUAGUUUGCAUAACUGCGUUGCGGAUUAGAUCAUAUUGAUACGGAAAGUGAAGUUUAAAAAAUCUGACAAAAGUCCGAUAAAUUGGCGAUGGAAACUAUAGAGAUUUGACAUAGUGAAAAUAUUUAGCUAAAAGUUUUUUCUUCAACUCAUGUAUAUAUUCAGCUCAUUUGCCUAUUUUUUGCAGUUCGCAUGUCAAUUGUCCACAAAUCCCAGUUUAGCGAAUAACCCUGAGGGCGUCCAUUUUUAUAUACGUCACUGACAGCUAAAUUUCUAAUUGCUGGAAAGAUCCUGCUCCCCUUCCCCUUUGGGACCCACAUUUAUUUCUAAGGUUAAAAGGUUGAGGUAGGCUGUAACUGCUUAAGCCACCAUCGUUUUAAGCAUUUAACAUAAGGAUAUACACAGAAAUUCAUAUUUAGACAGAUGUAUAGAGGCUAUAUAGAGGAAAUCCCUUGCAUAUUUUAGAGAUUGUAUUACACAUGUGCAAAAAGGCAAACUGUCUAAGUAUUUUCUACAUCCUCAGAACUGUUGCUCUGUGCAAUUACAUAACUCUUAUGUUCCCAUUUUGCUGUUAGUGGAUUUUAUAGCCUAUAUAUUCUUACCAUUGUUACAGCCAUAUCAUAUGGAUUUAAUUUAUUUCACAGAUUACUUUCCUUGCUUGUCUGAUUCAUAAAAUUGGAUCCAUCCCUAUCAGUCCUCUCUAAAAGUAUUUUACAGUUCUUUCACGGUUAUGUUCAACAUUAUAUAUAUAUAUUUUUUAACCUAAAUUUUCUAAUGUGAGUAUACAUUUUGUCUACAAUGAAGACUGCUUUGUGGCAUGAGUCACUAAGCUUUAUAUUUAACAUACAGCUAUAAAUUGAAUCAUAUUGAAACAUAGCAGCAUAGUUAUUCAAACUGAAUACAAUUCUCCAAUAAGGAUUCCAGCUGGCGGUACAGCUAAUGCUGAGUUACACAAUGGGCAUCAGUGAAAGACUGAAAGAAUUAUCCACCUAUCACUGCCAAACAUCGCUACUUGAAGGUGAUGCAUUCAGAUGAACCCAGGCAGCAGUGAGGGUCUGGGUUGCCGGUGGCUGGUGACCUUCAUUCAAGGUCAAGCCAUUGAGGUUGAACUGAGCAAUGGCAUGGUUCUAACAUAUUCCAGGUACCAUAGCUUUGUCAAUGAGAUGAAGUGGCUGUGGUGUCUGGAGUGGCAAUAAUAAUAAUAAUUCCUGGUGCUAUAUAGCUGGUGUUGAGCUGAAAUUACCACUUCGAAGCUGAUCCCAAUUGUGUCUCAGAAAGGAGGUGUAUAAUUCUGUCUUCACUUCAAGUGGACUAUCAGAUUUAUUGCUUGUUUAACAAGAAAAUGCUAUUAAUAGUUAUACAUGUUGCUAUAAAACGUAUAGUCUGUUUUGCUAAAAGGCCCUUUUAAAGAAAUCCAUUGAGUUUGACAGCUUGGGGGCCCUCCCCCACCAGAUGUCUACUUCUCACCUCUGUGAAUAAUUAGGGUUUUCAUAACAUAAUGUUUGUUUGAGCCACAUUUCACAGUUUAACUUCUUCGGGACCAGAAUGUGACAAAUCCCUUAAUAUUGAGUUAAUGUUCUCACUUCUUGUUGAAAUGAUUACUCCCUACUUUGCCCUUAUUCUUUAGAUAUUUUGAUUACUCCUUAGUUCUCCUUAUCCCCAAUAUAUGUUUUCUGCUCUAGACACAGUAAUCUUUUUAAACAGCUAGUCUUUUCCGUUUUGUCUAUACUCUCUCUGUCUAACAGUCUAUCUGGUUUGUCUGUCUACCCAUCCAUCAAUCCAACUAUCUUUUCUUUUUUAAUGCACGGUCUAAGGCUAGGCUCUUUUUCCUGGGAGGGAGUCGCCACAUGGAAAAUUUGGACAAAACACAGAAAACAAAAAACUUUAUUCCAGUCUGCUUGAUCGAGGCAAGCUCAGAUUUUUAUAUAUCACUACAAUUCUAAGCCACUCUCAGAGAGUAGGAACAGGAUGUUCUAUGACCAUCACCUUUGUAAUUAUGCUUGUUGUGAUGGUGCUUAGAGGGCCCCUUUAAUAUUUAUUAUGCUUUUAGACUCAUAUCACAAUUAUGAUAUCAUUUAGAAUAUGCAUAACUAGCGAAAUAUAGAAAAAAGUAAACAAAACUAUAACAUUUAAAGUGGCACUCCUAGAUCCAUAGCCACUAGAGCUGAUACACUCAAGCUCAUAAUUACAUAUUGUCAUGGAAUGUAGGUUACACUUUCUAUAUCUAUUACAUUGUACAUAUUUCUUGUUGUGGAUUUAUGUUGGAGUAAGUGUACAUCUGCAUUCACACAUAGAAAUGCCCUUUUAUUUCCCUGUACAGAAAGUGUAAAUUUCAAUGUUUUAGUAUUAGCAUUGAUUACAUUUGAAAAUUAGUUAACUAAGUAUUUCUUAGAAUUUCUUUAUCAGACCAUCAGAAAAUCUUUUCAUUUAGGGAUGUUUUCUUGGAGAAACUGGUGAGAGAUUAUUAAAAUAAUAUAUUUAAAGCUGUUAUAAUUCCUGUAUAGUAUUAUAUUGAAAAAAAUUAAAUAUGUUUUGGGAUAUUGAAAAGCAAGAAUUAUCCCAUCCCAAUUAACACAGAUAUAUUGGUGAAACCAGAUAAUAAUUCAGGAAUAGUUUUCUAAGUGGAUUUUCUCCUAUACAGGCUCCCAUUACAAAUCUAACAAUAUGCUUUAUGUAAUACAUUUUUUUUAAAAGUAACUGUAGUAUUGUAUUACACCAGCAACCUUUCUACUGUAAUACAUAUCCUUCACAAAAGAUAAUUAUUGUGUUGGUGAUUUUUAUAUGUAGAAAAUCUUACCAUGAACUUCAAACUGUCAAGUGACCAAACAAUACUGGACCAAAUUCCUUCCGACCAUAAUUUUAUAAUUUGUAUGAUACAGAUAAUACAUCCUGUCUGGAUACCACUAUUAAUAUUUUGUUGGAUAGAUUUUUUUUGUUCCAAGUAAUAAUCUACUAAACAUAACAUUGUAACUUCAUAUUUUCUGGAAUACAUUAUUUAAUGACCACUUUCUUAUUUCGGAAAACCAAGCUUCUAGUUGGCUUAACCCCAAUAAGGAAAAAAAAAAGUCAGGAGACUAUGUUAGCCUGAAAAAGUAAUUAUUGCUAAGGCCUGAAAAAAAAUAAGAGAAGUCAUGCGCUCAUAUUUGGAGAACGUUGUGGAUAGAGUAAUCCAUCCAUAGACAGCUCUUCUAGUUUGAGAAGUCUUUGUUUUAAUGAGGAUUACGCAGAUGGGACUCACUGACAGAAAAGGACAGGGUGAGCCUUCAGGCAUAGAACAUUCGAUCUUAUCAGAACCUUGGCUUCCUUUGGUUUUAUUAUCAGAUCUACUUGACUGGGAGCUCAAGGGCGGGAGCAGAAAGCAGAUUUUGGCAUGUAGGGUAGACAAAUAAUAUAAGUGCUGGGAGGAAUAAUGUAUUGAAAUAUUACACAUCUCCAGCUGAGACACUUAAGUAAGUCCAGGUUUGUAGAUUUCUUAGUAGGUUAAAAUGGCAAAACUUCAUUUCACUGGUCUUUGUGAUAUUGUUUAUAUUUCUUAUGAAUUUUUUUAUGGAAUUAAAUAUGAUUAUUUAACGAACCUAUCCUUAAUACAUUUUAUAAUAAUUUCACACCAAUUUAAAAAUAAUAAUAAUUUUAAAAGUUCCUUACGAUUAAAGGAACACUAUAGCGUUAAGAAUGUAAACGUUCUACAUUGAGCUACAUGCCUGAAGUAUCUCCUCGAUUGGAUUUAGGCGUUAAAGGACCACUAAAGCUCCAUCUCAAUGAAGUGGUCUGAGUGCAGUGGUCCUAUUGUUUUAACUCUUCAAUGUAACAUUGCCAUUCUGUAGAAACAUCAGUGUUUACAUGGAAAGGUUGAAUACACAUCUAGUAACUGUCUUCCUCAGCUCUUCAAUCGACUCUUCAAUCAAAUGUUGCUCAUAGCAGAGUUUGAUUGAAGGAGUAUGGCAUUUUGCCAUGCAUGCGUAUCUUGUCUUCAGUGCUUCUCUAUGAAAAGCAUUGUCUUGGACAGAAUCGCAGAAGAGUCACUACUAAUGAAGAUGGUGCAAGCAGCUGCAGUUUAAGGUGUCUUGAUACCGUAAUGAGGUAUGUAAUCUUUAUUUAACUUAACUUUUAAACAUCAGGUGGUGGGUGGACAAAGAUCACAUUGACAGAAGGGAGCUUAUAGUUCUGGAAAAAUAAUCGUUAUUUUCGGAACUAUAGGUUCCCUCUCAAAUCAUACACCUUAGAUCAGAAUAAGAAGCUCCUAAUUGGUGGAGCCACUUCCUGGUCUGGCAGGCUUCUGCUUGCCUUUACAUAGCAGUUGCACGAACUUUAAAGUUGAGUAUAUUUUUAUUCAUUUAUGUGUAUAUUUUGCAUCUUUUUAAUACAUUUUAUCUAUCUGUCAUUCCUUGUCCGCUUCCAGUCUGGAAAAAUUCUCUUAAGUCAAGUAAACUUUCAGUUCAAAUUGUCUGGACUUAACUUUGAAAUUCGCCUUGAAUUCACUUUAAAUUGUCACCCUAGUGAAUAACCCUGAUAGCUACAUAGUUAUCUAGGUUGUAAAAAGACUUAUGUCUGUCGAGUUCAACCUUUAAAACACAUCUUUCUAUAGUGGUGUUCCAAAAGAAGGCAAAAAAAACCCAACCCAGUGGAAUAUGUUGUGUCUCUUUAAGUGUAUUAUUGGAUUGAAUUUAUGUCCAAGUACAUAUUUGAACUGUUGUUUUACCUAUUUACGCUAUACAAGAUCUUGAUCCCGUAAGUGUUUGUGUGAAACUGGGAACAGUACAGGUGUCUGUAAGGUUUAUGAUACCGUUUAAGUGUGAUAUUUUGAAUGGUUCUCACACAGCGUCUUGCAAAUGUCAAAAUACUUGUUAAACAUUAACAUGUACUUGUGAUAUUUGUGCGAUGCCUUUUAAUGUUUGCCCAGUACACAUCUUCAGUUUUUCCCAUGGAAAAAAUGUUUUAUUAUUACAAAGGGUAGAGUAAUAAAGGGUUGAGUGAGCGUUGAGUGAGCGUUAAUUGCACACAUUAUUUUUAUUUGAUAAAAUUACAAGAUCUACACGUUUCUUAUAGGUUGAUUCAGAUUGAUGUUUGGGCACCACCCUCCAAUCUUUCGUCCCCUUUAAAAGAUUAUCAUACAAGCACUUUAUAGUUUACACUCGGAAGCAUAAUUAUCUCUUGUAUCAAAAAGACAAGAUAAUCCCUUCAAAACCAGUGAACUAAAUGCACUAAACAACAAACUGAUGCACUAAACAACAAGUUAUGUUGAGUUAAGAGUGGACUUGAAAAAUUUGGGGAACAAAUGCUGAGGUUUUACAAAAAUCUCCAAUUCUACUGAACAUUUAAAGUAGAGCUGCCACUUCUGGUCACUUUUUAAGUAUUUCAUAGAUCAAAUGAUUAUAAAAUACUCAUGUGCUGUAAUUGCAUUGAAAGUCCACCUCAAUAAAAAGAUAUUAAGACAAAGUGGGGACAUACGUUGUCUUGUGGUAAAGUCUGAGACUGACAUCACUAGUGAUGGCUGUGGGGGAAAAGCAUUUUUUCGUGCACCAUUUGAGUUGGUCUCUGGCAGAUCAUUUGUUCUCGUGAGAUCAUCCAUUGCCCUUAGUGUUGUUCAUAUGUGUGAAAGAUGUCUAUUGUGGAAGUUGUGCCAGGAGCUAAAGAAGGACGUUAGCAGAACCCGUAACGGGGAGCUUCAGGUAAGUUUAUGUCUGUUGUUUGCUUCUCCCCCAGUGACCGCAUAUAAACAGGGCUUGUCAUCUUCGAAAAUUUUUGCACAGUAUGUAAAAAACCUCUGUGACUGAUGGAUCCGCUUUAAUGAGGCUUGUAGUGAAGACUAAGCAGAAAAUAGCGUAUGAAAUAAUGCAAGAGAGAGUAGCUAUUCAUAUUUUAACAUCCAUUAUUUCAGAUUAGUAAUCAAUGUGAGUCUUCAGCAGUAAAGUGAUAUAAAAUGACCAUCCAAUGCAUUGUGUUUAAAGGAAUGGUUAAUUAAAUAAUUAUUAAUUAUUUUCCCUUGGUAAGUGACUCAUUAAACAAAAUGAUGAGCCAUGCCACACCGUUAUCUCACACCGUUGCUUUUAUGUAGUGUACCUGAAAACAAAUGAAAAGUUAGGUGUUGGCUGGAUAAAUACUUACCUAUGCUUGAAGGUGGUAGAUGUGAGGAGCAAUGGGAUAUACAUAUGAGUCAUGGGUAUGGUUGUAGGUGGUUGAAAGUGCUCUUGAAAAGGAGGUGACAGAAAAAAGUGAGCCAGAAAUCCAGCCAAGGCUGUCUAUCCUACAUCAGGUUAGUGUGGUUUAAGUACGAUCACAUUAAGUUGUUGGGGCACUUUCAUUUGGGACAGGGUUCUCAAUUAUGACUAUCCUGUCAGAUCCAGGACAGAUAGGAGGUAUCUCGUUGCAUACUUUUGCCAAUGCAAUGCCAGGAACUGUUGGAUUCCUUUUUACACUCAAGUGAUACCUCUUAUGAAGAAAAGCUAAGAUAUUCGUUUAAAAAAAGUGACAAAAAUAUAUUUUGCUUGGAACGAGUGAGUGACUGUAAAGUGUUCAAUUCUUUUUUUGUUGUACCGUAUUCUGGAUUUUGACCAUUCACAAGAGAUUUCUUUAACCUUUGCAGUAUUUGAAAACAAGGAUAAGAUUGUAAUUAUCAUGGAAUAUGCAAGUAAAGGGGAGCUGUACGAUUACAUCAGUGAGAGACGAAGACUAAGUGAAAGAGAAACGCGACAUUUCUUCCGUCAGAUUGUUUCUGCUGUACACUACUGCCACAAGGUGAGAAAAAUGUAACUGAAGUCCCGUGAACAUCUGAAAAGCGGUUUUGAAUGUAAAUCUUUAUUGAACUGAUCAGUGUUUCCUGUAAUGAUCAGCCAGCCAAUGAUAAGUUAAUAUAAAAUGACCAAUCUCUUUCAAGACUAUAUUACCAUAACAACAUCUUCUGAUUUAUAAUGGCCUUUCCACAGAGGAGCACUGUGAUUGGUUAGCUUGGAGCUUGUGAUGUACAAGUCUCACUCCUAGCAGAAGUCACAUUAUUAAAAUAGGACACAAGAGAUUGAGCAUCUCCUGAGUCUUGUCACCCAUAUUAAAAGAGGGCCCAGAGACUCAGCAUAUCCUGAGUUCUGUAAGACAUAUUAAAGAACCACUAUAGUCACCCAGACCACUUCAGCUCAAUUAAGUGGUCUGGGUGCCAGGUCCUCCAGGUUUUAAACCUUCAGAUGUAAACAUAGCAGUUUCAGAAAAAUUGCUAUGUUUACGUUGCAGGGUUAAUCCAACCUCUAGUGGCUGUCUUCCUGACAGCCGCUAGAGGCGCUUCUGCGACACUGGGUGCGAAAAGACAGCCGCUAGAGGCGCUUCUGUGACACUUGUUGCGAAAAUUGCAUUCAGCAUGCAGAACGUCCAUAGGAAAGCAUUAAGAAAUGCGCAUUCUGCUCCAUGCGCAUUCUGCUCCACUCUAGAACUGAGGAGAGGUCACCAGCGCUGAGGGAGCCCGGCGCUGGAUUAAAGUAAGUAACUGAAGGGGUUUUAACCCCUUCAGCGCCAAGGGAGGGGGGCCCUGAGGGUGGGGGGACCUAAGGGUUAUAUAGUGUCAGGAAAACGAGUGUGUUUUCCUGACACUAUAGUGAUCCUUUAAUAUAGGUUCCAGUAGGCUAGGCAUCUUUUGGGCCCUAAUGGCUCAUAUAUAAAAAUAGACUGGAAGACUGUCAGCCCAUAUUAGGAGACUAGGCAUAACAUGGGCCCUUAAUUACUCUGAUUCUCCAUCCCAUUGUGGGCUCGUCAUGCCUCUCCUGUUAUAUGUUUUCAAAGGAACACUUCAAGCACCAUAACACUACAGGACAUUGCAGUGGUUAUGGUUCCAGGAGUGUCCAUUUAAGAAUAGUUCUCAUUUGUGGUUCUGCUGGAUGCCACUCGUCGUCUGCACCACUUCCUCUUGAGAGCUGCAAGCUCCUUAACAAGAACGUCUCUUAGCUAUCCCAAGCAAAGCACUACAAUACAAACUAAUGAGCCAGUACUUUUUUUUUAUUGAUUACAACUGAAAACAGUGACAUGUGUCACAGUGUUUCACUUUCUUAGCACUUAUACCAAUCUCUGACUGAGCUCAGUUACCUUUAGAAUUCAAACCACAAUGAGUGAUAGUGAAUAUCACACUUCUUCAAACUGACUUUAAGAGAAAACUUUUUUAAUUUCAGCAGCUAUUUACUCCACUUCGUGAGUUGACAUGAAUACCUCAUUAUUAGUUUAAUGGUUCCUUAACCUCUCCACGGAACAAUUAAAUUGUUGCAUAUUUGACAUUUUAAAGGGGACAAGUGAUAUAUAUCGCCCAUAACAAACGAUAAUUCAUAAAGACGGGAUCGCUUAAUAAUGAGUUGCCUUAAUAUAUUUUUAGUAUCUGACCAGCCAGUGCAAACAUUUCAAGUAGCACAGUGAGGAAAGAAAUAACUCUGUGUAUUAACUAAAAACAAUAUGUGCUCUGAUAAGAAAAGAAGCCUUUCAAAAUGUACUGACCAGUUAAGAAUGCAACUAAAGAUUGUAUUUUAUAGCACUUUAGCACUUUAGAAUUAGGAUAAACUGUAGUUUGAUUAUAUAUACUUAAAGGGCAUCUGUUACAUAACAGCACAAUAGUACAUUUAAGAGUCACAAACGGUUUAUAUAUAAAAGAUUCCUUGUUGUGCCAGGAUGUAAGAAUUUGUACUGAUUGCACAUUGUCUUCCUAAAUGAACAUAUUUAUUAAGGGCUCAAAAAUCUUUUAAAUUGAAAAAAUUCAGUAGAUGCUAUUGACGGUUUAAAUUUAACAAUUAACUAAAAGGAUAUUUAUUUAAUUAAUAAGUGUUCAUUCUGUUACUUUGCUUAACGACUAAUAGCUUACUAUUUCUUUUUAAACUUAGAAACUUGGAAACUGAAUGUUCCAAUUUAUUUAAAGGGUAAUCUAAGCAUUAUAAUCAUUCUUGAUAUAUGUUUGCCCUCCCACAAGUUUCAAUCAAGCUGUUUUGGAGGGGUUUUAUCAGAAACAAGACCACCCAGCAGCCAUGGUCCAUCCACUCUAGUUGCAUUGCUAAUGUGGCAAUUAAACUUACCCAUUGUCAAGGAGAAAUCAGUCCAACCUUGAAUAGCCACAGUGACAGCAAGGGCUUUCCUUUCCCAGACCUGUGCGUGCAUGUGGGAGAUUUUUCACAGUGUGUUCUGGGCAGCGUGUUGAAUGGUAUCAAGAUAUUUAACACAAAUAUUUAUGCACAUAGCUGUCAUCUGUCCCGCAUUCCCAGGCCAGAAUUACUACUGAGGGUGCAGUCUGUGUAGCUGUCGCAGGGCCCACAAGAAGAAGGCUAUCAAUAUGGGUUUUCGUUAUUUAUUUUGCUGUGUAUGUCAGUGUGGGUGUGUAUCUGUGUUUGUAUCUAUAUCUGUGUGUGUGUGUGUGUCAGCGUGAGUAUCUGUGUGUGUGUGUCAGCGUGCAUAUAUCUCUGUGUGUGUUUGUUUGCAUCUGUGUACAUAUGCCACAAACAUUGGCUGAUCUGGGGGGGGAUGGGGGGUGGGGCAGGGCCCCCCUCAGACUCUCCCCUGCUGGAUAAUGCAGGGCUGGCACUGUCCAAGCGCCAGCCCUGCAAUGUGCCUUCACAGACCAGAGGGGAGAUGAGAGAUCUCCCUCCCUGAUCCACAGGCACCGUGCUGGCAGACGGGAGAGAGGACCCGGGAGCUCAGCCUGCAGCUCCUCAGGGUCCUUCUCUCGCGAGCAUGGAGCGUUGCCGCUGUUACCACGGCAAUGCUCCCGAUCUCGCGAGAGUGAACUCUAGCCCUGGAGCUACGGGCUAGAGUUCACUCUCACUACUGCGACCACCAGGGAUUCCCCACGGACCACCAGGGAUUGAGAAAUGUCCCCCCUCCUUAAGUAAAAAUUAUAAAAACGCCCCCUACCCUCCUCACCACUCAUUCACACACUGCCCCCCUACACACAUUGCCCCCCAUACACACAAUGCCACACACACACACACUGCUCCCCAUACACACAUUGCCCCACACACAUAUACAAUGCCCCCUUAUAUUAGUAAUUGAUUCCCUCAGUAUCACCAGUCUGAGGCACUUUAUCCCUCCUUAUGUCGACAUUGCCCCACACACAUAUACAAUGCCCCCAUACACACAUUGCCACACACACCUACACAACACCCCAUACACACACUGGCCCACACAUACAUACACUGCCACUAUACACACACUGCCCCCCCACACACAUACACAGCCCCCCAUACACACACAUUCACUGCCCCCACACACACGUACACUGCCCCCAUACAUACACUGCCCCCCCACACACUCCCCCAUACACACAUUGCCCCACACAAACAUACACAGCCCCCCAUACACACACUGCCCCCCAUACACACACACACACACACAUACAGCCCCCUUACACACACUGCCUCCACACACCAUACACAUUCAAACACUGCCCCCCAUACACACAUUGCCCCCAUACACCCAUUGCCCCACACACACAUACACACACUCACACAUACACACACACACAUACACUGCUCCCCACACACACAUACACUGCCCCACACACAUCCCCAUAGACACAUUGCCCACACACACACAGCCACACACACACUGCCACACACACAUACACUACCCCCCAUACACACAUUGCCACACAUACACAGCCCCCCAUACACACACUGCCUCCAAAAACACCAUACACAUUCACACACACCAUACACACACUGCCUCCACACACACCAUACACAUUCACACACUGCCCCCCAUACACACAUUGCCCCACACACACAUACACAGCCCCCCAUGCACCCAUUGCCCCACACACCCUACACAUUCACACACUACAUCUCUACACACCCACUGAACCUUUCACUAACAUUGCGUCCCUCACACACUCACACACACCACUGCUCCUAUGCCCUACUACAACCACAUAUCCCAGCAAACUCCAGGUAAGUUGUCAAACUGUUCUUAAACGGUUUGACUACUUACUCUGGGAGAGGGGUCCCGGCACUCCUGGCACCAUAACCACUACACAGAGCUGUAGUGGUUAUUGUGCAUGGAUUAUUUCUUUAAAUAAUGUACAAGUGCCCCUCCCGAGAUCAGGCUCUGGAUCCGCCACUGGCCACAAAAUGUUUUAAAUGUCAGCAACUAGCACAAACAAUGCCCCUGUCACAAUGCAGAUUCAAUUCACGUGGAGGUGUGAUUAGAUUGGGGGGGGGGUGGGGUGUUAUAGAUUGAGGGCCCCCUUAUAUUAGUAAUUGAUUCCCUCAGUAUCACCAGUCUGAGGCACUUUAUCCCUCCUUAUUUCGACAUUGCUGUUAGUAUUUGCUCUAAAUACUAUUCGUUCCAGUCUAGAGUAUCACAGGAAAAUAACUGUUACCAGCUAAUUUUAUUGAGUACCAUCUUCCUGGUUACAGUUUAACAAUCACUGACUUCAAUUUGAGUCAUAUUGGGCAACAAUUUAGAUUUCCCUGUUGUGUUGUCACCAUCACUGUAGAUUUCAUUAAUGCAAUACUGAGUUGGUUUUUUGCCUUUUGUUUUGCGUACAUACAGCUGAGGCAUUCCUUUGUAGUACAGCCUAACUAUUUUUAGGAGUGGCCACUUGGAAGUGUCCCUAGGGGCACUGCCUUUUCUCUGAAAAUACAGAGUUUACAUGAAAAUGCCUGAAGGGAGCUAUAAUACUAACCAGAACAACUACAUUAAGCUGUAGUAGUUCUGGUGACUAUAGAGUCCCUUUAAUGUUAGAGUAUUUUUUAUGUAUUCAUUAUUGGCAUUUAUAAAGCGCCAACAUUUUCCACAGUGCUGUACAAUUGGGAAAGACAACACAAUAAGAACAGACCGAUAAAACAGGUAGUAACUGUAUUACUGGUCUUAAAGGGACAGGGCUACAUUACCCACCUUGUAAACUAAUAUUUCGUUUUUUUUCUACUGACCUGUCUAAAUAUAUUACUCAGUAAAUAAAAUUUGUAUAGAUUUAUUUAUUUUUGUUAUUACUUCCAUAGGGACUUUACGCUGUAUUCCUUUUUGGAAGUGUUCAAUAUAUUGUUUUGUGCUAAUUUAGAAUUUGCCUCAGAUUUAUUACAAUACUGAAACUUUCCCUUGGCAAUAAUAAAAUGAAGCAGUAGCACAAAUAUAGGCCGUUGCUGACAUUUGUUUCUAAAUUUAGAUUUCUUAGGAUGUGCUUCGAGUGGAACAUGCAUACCUUUCCUUGUAUUUAUUUUACUGGCAUGCAAACAGUUUACACUGGUGUUUCUCUACUAAUCUGUUCAUAUAAGAUUCCUUCCUAUGGUUUUGGUCACAGACUAAACAUUCCGUGUGCUUCAUUCUGGCCAAGGAUCCUGCUAUGCUAUAUAGAAAAAUUCUGAGGCUUUGAUAAGCUUAGCACAAUGCAAUAACACAUCUUUUAAUCAAAGCAUAUCUCUCUGAAAUGUUUAUUACAAGCCAGCGAGGCACCAAAAAGGAAUUUGACUUGUACUUACAGCUCUUGGUACUUAAAAAAAUGUUUUCAGCAUCAGAUUAAAUUACUUGUGCACGCUAAACUGAGAAGGGGAGUUAAAUUAGGUACCAAAAGAAUCCCGUUGUUUCAUAUACUUUGUAGGAGGACGAAUUCCAGUAAUUUUUCUUUUAACCGCAUUGCAAGUGACUAAUAGAUAGCUUGUUGCGAGAGGUUAGGUUAGUAAUGUCAUGGAGGAAUCAAAGAGUAUACUGUAUUAUAUUUAAAAAGUGAAUAAGAAAUGCUUCUGACUGUUUAAAUUAUAUAUACAUAUAUAAAGUGUUUUUUAUUUUAUUUUUUUUAAUCCAGAAUGGAGUUGUUCAUCGGGAUCUAAAGCUGGAAAACAUUCUGCUGGACGAAUGCGGUAACAUUAAGGUACCUUCAUGUGAUCUUGUACUUUGAUUUCUGUGUACUGUACUGGUGUGAAGUUUGUAAAAACAUAGCAGAUGUAGUUUACAAUGGCAGUAUAUGCAAAUUUUAAGGACCAACCUCAAAAUGAUGCCAAGCAACUGGUUAUCAGGUGUUCUAUAGUAUUAUGUCCUUUGUUUAAAGUAAAUAUGGUGCUAAAGUAAAUAAAGUGUUAAAUGAAGCAAGAAACACAUUAUAUCUAAGACUGGGUAAAAACUUUUUUGGUUAACCAACAGGACAUACCAUUUAAUUCAAGUGCCAGUAGGAGCUCUAGUUCCCGGCUUCGCCUCCAUGGCUGAGAUCAUCAGUCUUGUUGAUUUUAGCCAGUUCAGUGCUUUCACAUAGGAAAGCAUUGGGAGGCUAUUGCGCAUGAGCGGCAAAAUGUUUGGCUGCGCCAAUCAGCAUGUCUUAAUAGAGUUGCAUUGCAUCAAUGCAUAUCUAUGGGGAACAUUUAGCGUCUCUAUGCAGAGCUGAAUGCCAGUGCUGCACACUGUGCAGAACUCGAGUAGGAAGCACCUUUAGAGGCUGUUUGAGUGACUGCCACUACAGGUGUUACUAGGCAGCAAUGUAAAUGAAAAGUCAGCAUUUACAUUGAAAGGCCUGUAGGAAGAUGGAGUUGAGACCAGAACCACUGCACUAAGCUGUAGUGGUUCUCGUGACUAUAAUGUCCCUUUAAGAUGUUUCGAUGAUUGUAAAUUAAAAUAUAAACAAAAAGAAAAUGAAAAAAUCCAUUGACGGCCUGAAUAUUGUAAUAAAUAAUACUGGUUGAAAAAAAUACCUAGAUAAAUGUAUUUAAGAAUAAAUGUUGAACAGCACUGUUUCAAUGGGCCUAAACGCGGUGAUGUGCUUUUUGGCAUAGUGGGCUAAAAUAUCAGUAAGCUACGUGUUCAAACAGGCUUAUGGAAAAUCAACUAUGCCUUUUCAGUGUGUCUUAAAAAUACAAAAUAUUUAAACCAAAUCAAAUCAAAUAUUUCCUCAUAUGAGAAAAAUAAAUGCAAAACCUUGGUUCCAGUCUCAAUGAUUUAUCAUAUCUACUCUGGACCUUCAUGGAACAUGUAAAGAAUAUAGAGCAUAUAUACCUGCAGUUAUUUUUCUUGUGAAACUCGCAUGUCUAUGAGCUGAUUAUUAUAUUCUUUUCUCAUAAAUGAGUACUUCUUCAGAUAAAUAAAUAACCUUUGAGGAGCCUAAGACACUUCUAACCACUUGAACUAAACUGACCCCUUUGAAUCAAUUGGCUAGUGAUAAAAUCAGAUUGUUAAUAGAAUCAAACAAGAGACAUAUUUUUUGGAUCCAAACAUCAAAGCACAGAAUGUUUUAUCUCUGUUGGAAGUAGAUUUGACUAAUCAAAGUUCCUGGCCAUCUGUUUUAUUUGCUCAGAAACCUUAGCUAGAAUAUGCCAUUUGGACAAUUUCAUUAGGUGGAACUCACUGCUAUAAAAAAUACUUUUUGAGAUUUUUGAAAAAAAAUUUUUAUCAAGUAUGAUUGCAAAACAUAUUUUUCCUUCAUCUUUUAAUAAAGAACUUUUCUAUACUUAAAAUACACAUUACAUCCAUUGACUAGCAGUGAUGUAUUCACUGUAGGUUGAUAUUUUAACAAGUUGUCUACGUCACUUACAUUGACAACAAGUUCUCCCGGAUAAAUUAAACACUGUUGCUCCUUCCGCCGUAAGGUGGAACAAUCAAGUAUAAGUUUUAAAAACCUCCAAAGACCUUAAAAAUCUGAACAUUUUGUACAGGGUAUUUCAUUGUGACAGAACAGAGGAAAUGCAAGUCUGCUUUUAAAAUGAUAAGCACGCACGGUACGGAAAUGUAACCAAAGUAGCUUAGCAGACAGUUUUUGAACUAAACAAAUUUGUUACAAAUCUUCAACACUGUUUCAGUUUUCUUACUAAGUAUUCACAGGGAUUUUUUUGAAAAAAAAAAAAAACCUUUCUGUCUAGUCUACUUCAAUAUGACAGGAGACAGGGAGUAUGGUUGGAGACAACAUUCCGAGUUAUUGGGGAUUUUCUUUCACUGAUCCUGCUCUGAUUUACAUUUAAUCUAAAAAAUCUUAAUUGAAAGUAACAAGGUAUUACUGACAGAAGUGGAAUUUUUCAUUGAGCAGCCUCCAGAAUGGCAUGUCAGCGUUAGAUAAUAGACUAGAACUUUAAAUUAGGCAGACAGGAUGGGUCUAAAAAUACUUCUGUCUCUAUUAUAAAAGCAAAGGUCUGGUUAAAAAAAAUGUAAUCUUUCACGCUAUCAUCUUCUUUACUACGCGUUCCAAUUUUACAGUAUCCAUUACCAUUGUAUCUAUUCUGAUACUUGCACAAGGUAACAAGAAGGGUUCUAUAAAAUUUCGGACCUUGGUGGAAUAUUUUUGUAUAUGUUUUCUAUUUCUUUUUUAAAGUUGGUCAUCAAUGAUUCAAAUUGUGAAAAUGUUGAUUUAAUAUUCCAUUCGCAGAUUUAAUAUCCACCCAUAAGGCAGUAUAGUCGCUAAUUUCAAAUAUUUUUUUUUUUUAAAUGGAAUAGAAUCUAAAGAUAAUUUCAUCAAAACGAAUGGAAUGUUUUAAUAAAAAAUGUAUCUUUAUUAAAAAGUGCCAGUUCUUCAAACAACCUUCUAAGUUUUAUCUUAAUAACAUUAUAUUAGAGUUUGAGAGCUCUAGUGAGCUCAAAUAAAUGGAUUUUAGCAAAAAAUAUCUUUAUUUUUUAAGUGAAAAGAUAUUUAGAAUAUGGUACAAAAUAAAAAGGAAAUAAAGCAAUAUUUCUCGUUUAAAACUUCCUUUAGCCACCUUUGGAGGUGCACAUUCCUUGACCUGAUCUACUUGCUUGACCUGAAUAGACCUCAGCUCUCCAAACUAAUCAAGCACAUUCCACAGCAUUAACCAUUUCAGUAUAAGUCUGUGCACUGGGUCAAAUGAGCUAUCACCAACCCCAACAUUAGAAUACACCGCAUUGUUUUGAGCAUAAGUGAAGACAAAUACCACCUUUCAAUAUAUUAUAAAACUCAGUAUAAUGAAGGAAUUCUUUUCUCAGUGAACAUCCAAAGAAUGCUUCACAAUUGUCUUUGCUUAUUGGAAUUAUUUAGUUGAGGUCAAGUUUUUUGACGUAUUAAAGCUAAUGAAGAAAUCUCACUCUGUGCUGUGAUGUUAAUUGUAUGCAUGCCAGUGAUUUUUGUAAGGCGUUCCAAAAGGUCGAGCCAACCACUGUGAAAGACUUCUAGCAAACAAUCCACCUUGUAUUCCACAAAAAAUAAACAUGCUUAAGCACUUUGUAAUAAUUAAUCUUAAUUGCAUUUUUUAAAUAACUACAAAUCUUUUUGCAUGAAAUUACAGUUCUACUUGCGACACCCUAUUGAGUUUUACAUUUAUUUAUUUAUUUUUUAAUCACUUUUUAAAUCGCAACAGUUUGCAACUGCUGCUCAUUAUAAUUCCCCUUAAGAAUACAAGCUAUUUGCACCACGAGAUGAAAACAAUUUUGUUGUUUUGCCAUCUUUGAUUCAAUGAUAAUUUCCCUUUUUCAUGUACCUACAUCAUACUAAUAUAUAGGAUAUUUAGGAUAAGUCAUGCAUUUUUCAUGUUAUUUAUGCAAACUUUUUUUUUUAAUAAAAAUUGCUAGGAGUAACACCUAAUAUUUUCACAUAGAUCUGUAUUUUUACUAUAAGCCAAAUGUAUUGCAGCAAAUUAGACAAAAUGCGUUUAGUGGCAUUUCUAUCCAAUUUGGAAUAUUAUUACAUUCUUUUUAAUAGCGGAUCGAAUAAUAUUUUAUCACUCUAAAUGGGAAGGUUUAUAAUAGCAAAUAAUUCCAGCAACUAUGAGACCUAAUGUUUUAAAAUCUUAAAUAUUUUAGUGGUAAUGACCCUUUAACACAAGGGAGCCCAAAGGCUAGGUCCCCAGAUGAUGUAGAAAUACAACUCCCUUGGAAGCUGUAGUUUUAAAACAUCGGGGAAUCCACCUUUUGGGUACCCCUGCUUUAACAUCUUUAUGCACUUAGAUUUUUUAGGUGAAAUCACAUGAAUUAGUAGAAGUUUAUAAAAUAUUGAAAGUAAUAUUCCUGUAUAUCAUUUAAGUGUUCAUACCAAUGCUACACUAAUGGGAACAUAUAGAAUACACACUGAUUAGACAAAAUGUGUGUUGCGAAACAACGUUAACGUAAUUAAAAAUUAUUUAACUGCCUCUUGUUUUAUAGAUAACUUGUCAGUGUAUAAAUUCCUUGUUCUUCUACGUAGCAACAUGGUAACACAUUCUGCUGAGAAAAGUCCAUUCAUUUAUUGUGUGUCUGUUUUAAAGAAUAUUGGGAAUUAUUUCCAAAAUUAAAAAAAAUGUGAACAAUUUUCUUCACUAAAAAAUAAAAAAAACAAAGUCUAAAAUUACAAUAUUUCCUCUAAAUGUCUCCAGUUUAUUUUUCUCCUUUCUUUUAAAUAACUGGAUUGAUGCUUUUUAAGUGCCAAGACUCUGAAGUAAUCUUGGAUUCUAUUAAUCUUGUUUCAAGGGGUCUGACAGCUUUAAUGGGUAAAGCUGAUAAACAUCAGUCUGCAAGGAUGGGAGUGGACCUUAAUGUAAAUAAUAUCUUCCUGAAUGACCAGAAUAAAAACAUGGCUGCUGAAACUACUAAAUCUUUCUUGAGAAAACAAAUAUAUCAUGGUUUUCAAUUCAUUUUUAAAAUGUUUCAGGCCAUUAGGAGAAUGUGUUUUGCUAAGGAAAACAUAAGGCAUAAUUUUAGCCAAAAAUAAUCCUUACAGAAUAGCUAUCUGAGAGUAGGUCAACAGAAUCAUGAUGGAACCUCAACUACCCUCAAAUACUAUUCCAUUCUUUCUUUUGUGAUUGACAAGGCACACUUCUUAAGGCUUAAGAGUAACUUCCUGUAAACCAGUCAGGGUGAAUUGAUAAGAAAAAGGAAUUUAGGCCAAUUAAAGGCAAUUUGAGUUUAAGAAUACCAUUUCAGGAUAGGCAUAAAGACGUCUUGUUUUUUUUGGUUUUUCUAAAUCUGCAUUCCUCAGACACAAUGAAAAUCUGACUUUUUUUUUUGUUUCCUGUGCAAUUAUGUCUUAUCAAUGUUAAAAAAAGAUUUAAAUAGAAUUUAGCGUUAAAAAAAAAAUACCUUUGACAACAUUUCAUCAAAUCGGAUAUUGCAAAUUCUUGGAUGUCUUAACUGCCCAUAGUCAAAACAAUUUAUAUAUGUAUUUUUUUUUUUGGCAGAUUAUAUGUAGAUAUAUAUGUAUAUGUACAUUUUUUUUUUACAGAUUAUAUUUAUUUGUGUGUUUAUUUUUUCAGAUAGCAGACUUUGGACUUUCAAAUCUUUACCAAAAAGACAAAUUCUUACAGACAUUCUGUGGCAGCCCUCUUUAUGCAUCACCUGAAAUAGUAAAUGGGAGGCCAUAUCGUGGACCCGAGGUAUGUUGUUUCUAAAUUUGUUGCCAACAUUUUUCAACUCUUUCUUGUUACUUUGUAAGGAGGGUAUUCUUAUAUUUUGUUACAGGGAUGAGCAAAGGGGUCCUGCACCUUGGUACAGGAUUUUUGUUUUUCAAGGGGUGCAGGGAUAUAGGUGACUGGGGAAGCAGGUAGGGGAAUGUGGCAAGGUGGUGUGUAAGAGACCCAGAGUGUAUAAAUGUCUGGAUGUAUGUGACUGUGUUCGUAGUUGGGCACGGGUGAGUGGGAUACUUUUAUACAUUAUAUAGAUAUUAUUAUUAUAUAGAUAUCUAAAGUCAAACUGCCACUGCCAGUGGAGAUAGCAGAAACACUGUUACCUCACUAGUGCAUGCAUGUUAAAGGGACAUUAAGAUGAAGUAGUCUGGGUGCCAUGUUCCUGUAGUUUUAAUGAGGAACAGCAAUGUUUUCAUUUUGAAGGAAGGGCGAUGUUUUCAUUGCAGGAUUAACAUACCUCUACUGGCUGUCAGGAAGACAGCAACUUAAUUCACUUCCGCAGCUAUAGCCAAGUUAAACUCGGCUAUGUAUCAAAUGACUCUCCUAGAGAGUAAUUGAUUGGCACAGCACAGCCUUUUGCUGCGCAUGGGCACUAGCCUCAAUGCUUCUCUAUGGCAAAUCAUUGUAUUGGCUGAAAUCAACAAUCUUGAUGAUCUCAGCCUGGUUGGUGGAGCAGCAGUAUGUAGACCGGUGUACCCUGGUAUGUUAGGUAAGUAAAACUUACCUUUUAAACCUCUACAAGGGCGGGUGAACAAUUGCAACGUUAGGGGAACAAUAUAGCAUUAGGAAUGCAUGUUUGCAUUCCUAACACUAUAGUGUUUCUUUAAUACACAUUUAGGCAUCUGCAAUAGCACAUACACACUUGAGUAUAUCUUCAGCAAUGCCUACCUGCGCAUGUGUCUCUAAGCAUGGCACUGAACAGGUUAGCUUAUUUUGUAUGGCAUGCUCAGACUGUGCCAAGACAACCAGGCAGAAAGUGUAAAUUAAAAUAAUGAACACAGUUGAGAUUUUUUUUUUUUAUGAAAGAAAAAUUUAACUUGUAGUUAGCUGUCACAUCGUGCAAACAUCUGCCAUGUGACUGGUCGUUUUAUAGUGACCAUUUCAAAUGUGCCAAAAAGUUCUCACCAGAACAAUGCUGUGUUUUAUUAAGUAACUAUACUUAACAUGUAAUUUCAACUGGCAUUCCACAACCACUGAAAAAAAAAACAUAUACAGUAUAAAAGUAAAAGGCAUAAUAAGAAUAGGAUUUGAGCAGAACCCUCUUCACAUAAUUUGUAUAUUAAUUUAUUUGUUAAUUAUUUCUUGAAUUGCUUCUCCACGGAAAUCGACUUCAACAUUCCGCACAAGAUCAUCAGUGAUUGAUCAAAUAACCUCUUUAUGAAGAAACUGUUCUGUGGCCCGAUACUAUUUCAUGAGUAGGAGACCCACCCAACCUUUCGCUAGAAAUGAUACAGUAGAUAUAUUAGUUACAGUGUCAUCUUGCCAAAUGCAUUAGUGAGUGUGUUGGAUGCCCAGUGACCAGAACAAAAACUGUACUUUACCUUCAUCUUACAGUGUGGAUUUUUCUUUUCAUUAUUUCUGCUUUAUUGCAGAGUGAUCAACCAUAGUAAAAACAUAAUUAUUCUAUGUUUUGCCCAUCUUCAUACUGUGUCUAAUGAUUUCUGAUUAAAAAAAAGUAUCUUGUGUUUUAGGUUGACAGUUGGGCCCUCGGUGUGCUUCUUUACACGUUGGUAUAUGGAACAAUGCCAUUUGAUGGUUUUGACCACAAAAACCUAAUCAGGCAAAUAAGCAGUGGAGAAUAUCGUGAACCUACGCAGCCUUCAGGUAGAGAUAUUAUCUGGUUCAAUAAACAUUGGCUUUAUUAUAGUACAAUGUAAAGUAAUGGAUAUCUGUUACUGUUUGUGAAAUGUCACACGAACUAGUCAAUUUGUCACAUGAAUUAGUCAAUUUACUACUCGUGUCAGAUUGCUGACUUGCAUGUAUAAAUCCAAAGAAAUUUAGCAGUGUUAAUGUAAUUAAAUUAUGAAUAAUGUACAAAGUCUUUUAUAAUAAGAUAUUUAUUGACAUAAAAUAAAAAUAAUUACAAACAUGCACCAUUCAUAAAAGUUUGCCUAAUUUAUUAAAGGGUUACUCCAACCACCAUGACCACUUCUGCUUUUAGAAGUGGUCAUGGUGGUAGUAGUCAGUUUGUGCAGUGUUUUUGCCUGAAACACUGCACAUACAGAGAACUUUUGUGCUUGGGGCUACUUACUCCCCCAGCACAUGUGACAUAGGUGUUCCUGACUGCCUUAUGUUAAUUUUGUGCAUAUUUCACAUCUGUUCACUCUUCACUUGCCGGCAGAGUUAGGAGCAUGCCUUCAAGUGAAGCCCUCUCUCCCCCUUCCCUUCAUAUACUUCACAGUCAGGCUGCUCUGCCUGUCUCUGUCUGUGCUGCCCCCUCUUAUUCACAUACCUCAGUGCCUCUCUCCCUCCAUGCAGUCCCGCUCCCCAUAAGUUACACUGCUGGCUCUCUCUCAGUCUGUCCAGUUUCCCUCCCCUACAGAUAAAUCACUCUCUUUCUCUCCCUCUGUGCAGCUCUCCAUCCCUAAACCAGUGUCUGAAUCUUAAUUCUUGGUUCUUAUUCCGUAACACAAUGUGAUGUCACGCGUGUAUUCUAUGAUUCUCUAUGGCAGAAUCUUAGGUGCAUCACGGCAAGCUCCACGCAUGAGCCUAAUGUUCUCAAUGUUCAUCCAUGAGGAGCAUUGGAUUGGCCUCCAACCCAAGGAGGAGGUUUCAGCAGCGCCGACUGAGACUCAGCACUGCAGAUUUAGUUUUUUUCUUUUACACAAGGGGGAACCUAAUUGAUUAGGAGCAUCAGGGCGCUAGCGUUUGCAAUACAGAUAUGUAUUCCUAAUGCUACAAUGUUCCUUUAGUUGAUUCAGCAGAUAUCAUUGAUAAAUAAAAUAAAGUUUGUGGUAACGUCUUCAAUUAUUUAUUUUUUUCUAGAUGCACGUGGUUUGAUUAGAUGGAUGCUUAUGGUUAAUCCAGAGCGUCGAGCCACAAUUGAAGAUAUUGCCAACCAUUGGUGGGUUAACUGGAGCUACAAGAGUAGCGUGUGUGACUGUGAUGUCUUGAGGGACUCUGAAUCUCCCCUAUUUGCCAGAUUCAUUGAUUGGCAGUAUCGUUCCACUGGCAGGCAGCUGGAUUCAGAAAGUAAAAGUAAGUGCCUUCCCAAACCAUCCGAAGUUUCGCUAGAGCGACAGAGGUCUUUAAAGAAAUCCAAGAAGGAAAAUGACAUUGCACAGUCUUUGCAGGAUGGGACUGAAGAAAGUGAUUCAAAGAUUAUAUCAAAGAGACCAAAAGGUAUAUUGAAAAAAAGAAGCAACAGUGAGCACCGUUGUCAUAGUGCUGGAUUUAUAGAAGGAGUUGUUAGUCCUACAUUGUCUUCUCCGUACAAGAAUGAAAGUGAAAAGGGCCAUAAUAAUGCAUCUUCUAGCAGCAUGCGAGAGCUGAAAGAAUCAGCAUUAUACAGUUCAAAGCAAUCUACGCCCAUGCCGAAGAAGGGUAUUUUAAAAAAGACUCCACAAAGAGAGUCUGGCUAUUAUUCUUCUCCAGAGAGAAGUGAGUCUUCUGAACUACUGGACAAUGAUGAAAGAGAAAGCAUUGAUGUUUCUCAAGUAGUCCAUGAGCCGAAAAGAACUGUGUCUCAUAGCCUUUCUUACAGACGAAAGGGCAUAUUAAAGCACAACAGUAAAUAUUCAAGUGGUAAUGCAGAUUGUUCAAUGGCCAGCACUGCUGCACCGUCAGUGGAACCUAUGGAAGAAGGAGUGACACCAGUGGAAGGGUUGUCUCGAAGUUACAGUAGACCGUCUAGUGUGAUCAGUGACGACAGCAUCCUUUCAAAUGAUUCUUUUGAGUUGCUUGAAUUAGCAGGUGGCAGAACAAACAGACCCAGAAUACGUAGUUGUGUCUCAGCGGAAAACAUUCUAUACCUUCAGGAUUUUGAGGGCCUACAGAAAAGCCCUCGUCCGCAAAACCUAAAACGUUACAGAAACCGUUUUGCGGACAGCAGUUUUUCUCUACUUGCAGAUAUGGAUGACGUCACUCAGGUCUACAAAAAAGCUUUAGAAAUAUGCAACAAGCUUAACUAAUGUUGUCACAGAAGGAUAAUAGUUUUGUGAUGAAUACUUUGCUGACAGUAUUAGUGUAGAAUAUAAACUACACAAAUAGCCUCUUAAGUGCACAUGACCCUUUUUUUUUUUUUUUUUUUUUGGCUUAGUGAAAAAUUACUACCAGUCUUAAAGUUAAGGGAGUCUUGUGAAAAUUAUCCAUUUAGUGUGAACGAUGUUUUUCCUUUUUCUUAAAAAGUUAAAUUACAUUUUAAUAGAGGCACAAAAAAAGGAUUUUUCCAGAUUUAUGCCACUGGUACCUGCAGUAUUGUUCGUAAAAAAAAAGUUACAGAAGCAUUUGAUUGCUGGAGGUUCUAAGGAUAACUUCGUUUUGCAAUAUGUUGCACACAUAAAACUCAAACAAGUUCAAAUUAUAAAGCUGUUUUAUGCGGGUACCAUCUUUUUUUAUGAAUAAUUUAUUUAUAUUUAGAUAUCCGUAAAAGUUCCUAUAUUGACCUAUAUAUAAACAUAAUAUAUACUUAUGUUAAUUCUUCUCAUUCCUGCACUCUCAAAGUCAAAAUGUCAAAUACCCCUUUUGUUUAGCAAAGAUCUUGCUAAAAAAAAACUCUGUUCACAAAAAUGGUGACGUUUAGAUAUUUUUGUAUAUUUACUAUCCAUUCCUUAGUUCCUGUAGAUUAUACUAUUAAAGUAUGAUGGGAGUGAUUAAUAGCAGAUCUCCCAGCUUGUGUUAAAUUGUUCCCAAACUUGGGGACAGCUGGUCAGCAGUGCACCCCAGAAGUUUGAGGUUACAGCUGUGGGAUGCUUUGGUAGAUAGAUUUGUUUUACAUAUUAAAUAGGUAAUCAUCUGAAUAUUAAACAAUUAUUAUUUAACUAUUUAUUUCUAUCAAGUAUUUAUAAGAAGGUAAAGGCUUUAUCGGGUCAUACUUAGCAUAUAUGUGAAAAAUAGGUGCUUCUUUUAUACAAAUAAUAAACAUCGCUCCAGUCAAAUAAUUAAAUUAAAAAUGCGAAAAGAACAAAAUGUAAAGUCACCCGCAUAACUUACAGUGAUAUUAUUAUUGCUGUGACUGGAAAAUUUUAUAUGUUUAUAUGAUACGUGUGCCUUUAAAUUAACUCAUGAUACGCCAACUAAAAUUUAAUAUAGUUAUCAAGGCUUUAGAGGAUACAAAAAUAAUGGAUUAUGUUUUGUUCAUUUUCUGACCCCUCCUGAUUCUUCACAUAAAUACUAAACGUAUUAUUUUAUCAAGAGAAUAUUAUCACUAGGUUUUAACACCAUACAUUUUAACCUUUAUAACUGUAUGAGAACAAUUUUUAAGAAUGUGUACCCUUAGAAAGAAUUCUAUAACAUUGUUUGAAUUCUGCAAGUAAGGCGUUUGAACGUGUUCUCCAACAAAAUAAACAAGAUUUUAGAUACUUACAUAUGUCAAACAUACAGAAAUUCAAUCUGCUUUCGUACUCAAAGUGCACUAUGUGUAGUUUUUGUCUGCUGGCUCAUAUAGUAAUGUAGUAUUUUUUUUUUUAAAUCUUUAAUAAAUACAACAAAUUAACAUUUUAGAGGUGCAGUAAUGUAUUUUGCUGUGUUUUUUGACCUGUUAAUUUGUUUUCAUCUGGUUAUAAAAGGAUCUGUACAGAUGCCAAACGUAAUCCGAGAACCUUAGAAUUGAACAUAAAAGAGCGAUACCCUGGGUUGAAUAAAAGCUUGGACAUGCUUUCACUUAUUUUUCAUAUAAUAAAUAAUGAUUUUGCCCAUUUUAGUUGGCAAAUAAUUUUACUGGGUACAGGGUUCAAGUUUCUUCACUUUCACUGUCAGCAAAAUAAAAGACUUGAAAUAUUUAUGGGUGUAAUAGUGGAUAUGUGACCGUGUGUCAGAUUGCUUUAGAAUGUAGGUAGAAAGGAAAAUGGCAAGUAGUAAUGGCAGGGCAAGUUGGAACUAAAAAGGUGUUGUUUUUUUAAACGUGGAUUUGGAGCAAGUACGUGUAUAAUUUGUAAUUAAAAGAAAAGACGUGUAAUGUAAGCAGGAUAUUCUAAUGGAUCAAUGGAAUAAAACUGUUAUUGAGAGAACCAGGAACUGGCCAAGAAUUGACUCCACAGCUUUUAGUAUCAAAUAUCCAUUACCAUCCAAGAGCUGAAUUGUAGCUCAUUUUGUUUUUAAACAGCAGUGGAACCACAUUCUUUCUAAUUCCUGUUAAACCGUAUGAAGAAUGGUCACUUGAGAAAGAAAGGUGUGACUUUUACCAUGAAGGUGUUUCAUGGGUCAACUGGACUGUGUGAAAGCACACAAGUGUUAACAUAUGUUGCAUACAUGAUAGGCCUGGGCAAACACAUAAUGUUUGUUUUCACAUGACUAACCACAGAUGCCAAAAAAAAAAAAAUGUUUCUGUUUGAAUAGAAAAGCCUGUGUUUGGUUUAAUUAGAUGUUUUGAUACACUACCUGAUUUUACUUUAGUUUGGAUUGUAAUAAGUGAAUUCAGUCUCACUCAUACAAUAUGUCUCCUUAUUUUCCUGCUUAAAUACACUGUUUCGAUGUCUCACAAAGAGGUUUUUGAAAAAUAUCAAAUUGACUUAUUAAAAGCCAUAAUUGGGUUUUGGUAUUUUCAUACUGGUUAUGUCUCAGAAACAUUGACUUUUUUUUACUGUGCACGUUUAUUAGGCUGGUCAAAAAUGAGCUAUGUGCUAAUGUCCUCCCAUAUGCCCUAAUACAUUUUUCAGAUUUUUUAUUUCGGCAGCAAUCACAUUCGAUGCAGCAUAUGUUCGGUCAUGAAAAAAAAAAGGACAAGCAGAAGGGCAAGAUUCAAAUUUUUUUAUAUACAAAAUAGAAUGAAUAAAUCUUAGAUUAGGACUCACAAGAAAAUGAUAACAGUAUUCAAGGGUAAAGAAGCUACAUCUGUCACGCAGCAAAUAAUAACAAGAAGGUCCCACAAAUCUAAAAAUAAAAAAAAAUUGAAAACUUAAAAAUAAAAUCAAAAUAAACUAAUAAUAGUAGAACAAACAUUAAUGUGAAACGCACAUUAGCAUAUUUUAACAGAAAAUUGUUAAGCAUUCGAUGAGUAUGAUAUAUAUUUAAAGCACCAUUGGAAUAGAAACCAUGUGAAUGCAGUACCAAGUCCAACAUAUUUGAUUUUAAUAGGUUUAAUAAGUCUUGGAGUCUUGUCACACUGUUCUGUGUUGCAGACAAGUUCAGACGUAACGCUGUGAACUCAUAAAUAAACACAAAACAAACCGCUUUAAGUCUAAAGUUUCUCUUUGCACACACCUAUAUAUUUAGUUUAUGUUACUAAUAUAUUAUUUGUGUAUAUUUUAAUUUAGGCAGGAUUUGUACUUUUUUUAAUCGCUUCUACUCCUUUUUGAACUACCUUUGAUUUUGUCAGAACAUUUAUCCACGGUUCUGUAAUAUAGUUUUUUUUUUCUAAAGUACUUGAUUUAGUCUUAAUAUACCUAAGUAUAUUUCAUGUACGUUGAUCAAAUUCUGUCUUCCUGUGUUUCUAAUAAUUGAUUUAUAAAACAAUACAGAAGCAUAAAAGAAUAUACAAUUUGGUCAAAAACUAUUUUUUUUUUGUAUAUACAAUAUACAUAUAAUUUUCCAGCAUACCCAUUAUUUCUUCACUAUUAUCUCUGUCAUAUUCUUAUCUGAUAGUUUAAAAAAAAUACAUAAAAUUAAAUCUUAACCUCUAUGUGUAACAUAGAGGGGAAAAGGGGGCCACAUUUCUCAGAUAUGGAAAUAACGUUACCAAAGAAAAUACUAAUGAAUAUAAAUCAUGUUUGCCCAGGCCUUAUGUUUUUUUGUGUUAGUGGGAAAUUAUUUAAAAUAAUAACUAUGUGAAUGAAUAAUCGAUUAUUGCCAAACUGGAAAUGUUACAUAGGGACUUUACUGGCAUGUUUUCAUUCGUAGAAGAAUAAAAAAAAAUAAAACUUGACUGCACAUUGUUAUUAGUAUUGUGAUUUUAUUUAAUAUUGUUUUGUAAUGCAUUGGUGAUUUUUAUUUGACUGCCUUUUUUUAUUUAUUGCUCUAAAAUCAUUUUCAAAGGUAUAAUAUAUUUGGUGUAAUUUAAUUGGUGCAACGUUUUUCGAAGCUCCUGCCAAUAUUUUGUUUAUCGAUGAGAGGUGAGUUUGUGCUGCUGAUUGGUCUCAGAGAGUGCCUAACCACCUAAUUGUUUGUAUUUUUAUCCAAUGUUUUGUAUUAAAUAAAACGAUGUGAUAAACGUAUGUGUUUGUUUUGUGUUAUUUCCUCUGUUUUGCACUAAUAUGACUUCUGAUUUCAAUAUCUGCCAAAGAGUGUGUGUUAUUUUUAAAAAUAUGUUUUUGGUUUGUUAGAGGAACACUCUAAUUUAAAUUUUGUUUUGAUUUUCCCCCAUCUCCCCUAUUGUAAUCCAUGGCAAUCACCCCAAUCUGGCAAUCGAAUGCUUUACAUAGA